AUGACAGCAGACGUUAGCAGCCAGCACUUCCAUGGAGAGAACAUACAGAAGGGGGAACAAGGGACAGCCUUGACACAUCCGACGGGAAGUCUUGAAAGGGUGAGAUCUGGAGGUGUAACCAAUGGCAACGACGGAGCUGCAAACGUCAGUGUAAAGAAGCCUGAACCACCGGAUAAAGUUGUCACCAGAGCCCAUUUUAGCUAGGGUGGCGAAAAGGAAAGGCCAGUCAACACGGUCGAAAGCCUUCUCCUGAUCCAUAGAAAGGAGAGCUACUGGCAGGUUGUACUUAUUUGCCAGUUCAACUACAUCGCGUAAAAAGGCCACGCUCUCGCCGAUAUAGCGAUCCGGCACACCACAAGUCUGAUCAGGAGCGACAACCCUAGCAAUAACUUUCAAAAGACGGCCAGCUAGAACACGAGCACAGAGCUUGUAGUCAACAUUAAGAGGACUAAUGGGUUGCCAGUUCUUAUGGCCUAGGCGAUCACCUUUCUUGAAAAUUAAGGCAAUGAGCGCCUCACGCUGAGAGAAAGGCAGGAGGCCAGCCUCCAGAGAAGAAUUGAAAACAUUAACAAGAUCCCCACCAAGCAAAUCCCAGAAAGCAACAUAAAAUUCCAUUGGCAAACCAUCAGAGCCUGGAGACUUGCUCUUAGCCAUGCCAAGGAGAGCAACAUGAGCGUCAUUCGGCGAGAUUGGACCGUCACAAGAAGCGGCAUCAUCAACAGAAAGAGAUAAAAUGAGACAGUUAAGAGAUAAAGAUCGACAGGGCAGGCCGUAAAAAGGUAUUGGUAAAAAGAAGCCCAGGACUCGCAAACACCCUCAACAUCUGUUACAACCACCCCAUUGGAAACAGAAUUGCGGAAUACAACUAUCAGUUCCUCGCUUUUUUCCAACCUUAAGAAGAAACGAGAGGAGGUUUCACCCUCCUCAGCCCACUUAACACGGGAACGAACCAGCGCUCCCUCAGCCUCAGUCAGAUCGAAAGACGCAAGUUGAGCAAGAAUCCGCUCAUAUACCGGCAUAAGAGAUACAAUCCCAUCAUCGAUUCUACCCUUCAGAUGGCAAACAAGGGCAGAAAGGACAGAGCGCGACAGAGAACGUUUAUUAUGAGCACCACUACAAUGGCGGACCGCAAGACGUUUGAGAUGUUCCUUGCCUCGGUCCGACCAAUCCUGAAGAAAUGAAAAAGAGGGCUUACGCGACCUCCAUCUAGGCCAGAAGCCUCAAGCAGUUUGAAAAAAGACAGUCUCUGAGGAUGGAUACAUUCAGUUUCCAUCUGCCAGGGCCACGAGGAAAAGAUUCAGGGAUAGAGAAGCCGAGAAAAACGGCAUCGUGAUCAGAGAAAGGAUAUUGAGCAAUAGAACAGGAAGACACAAGAUAAAGCCAUGUAGACAGGAGGCCAAUAAAAUCGAUGGGGGGGACAAGGAACCAUCGGGCUUUAGCCAGGUGUAAGCGUAAAGAUCGGGAUGGAGAUGGCGCCAAACAUCCGAGUAACCCCAGUAAGACAAAGCUCUCACCGACGGUGACAGCAGGAUCAGAGCCCCGACGAUCUUUGGCUCUGUCAAAAACAGCAUUGAAGUCACCACAUAGUAUCGUGGGAACAGAUCGAUCAGCAAAGUCCAGACAUGAGGUAAAGAAUUCGUCGCGCUCGGGGUUCCGGUUAGGUGCAUAGACAGAUGCAAUCCUGAAGAAGGAACCCCUCCUUCUGAAUUCGGCCAUCAGAAAACGUCCUUCGAGUUCAACCCAGGAGUUGACAAAAGAAAAGCUUGGGCGGUACAGAAGGACCUGGCCACGAGAGUGAGCAGUACCAAGGGCCGUAACAGUGAGAAAACCAGAGGAGGAGAACCAUGAAGUGGCCUCAGCAGCAUCAGUAACGUGAGUCUCUUGCAGACACACAAAAUCACAUGACAAGUGGCUCAGCCACUGCAAUAAACCAGCACGCUUAAUGAAAUCACAGAAUUGGAGUAAAUUGUGCAGCUGGUGAGGAGGGGUUUCAACACUGGCUCUAAUAUUGGAAGGUGAGAUGCAGUAAAUCUCCUUUUGGUUAGAGUAAAUUUGAACUCAGUGCUCUGUCGUUAAAAAGGAUUUUCUGGGAUUUAAGUGGGGUUGGUGUUGUUAAGGAAAGAUAGCCAAUGUUUCAUAGGUCCCCGUGUUCAACCUACAUGGAUGUUAGAUUAUAGUCAAAAGGAAAUGGUUGAGAUAGUGGAUAACUGCAGGCAAAUAUGCAGCUAACCCAUCCUAUCUUUAAUAAAAAGUGUAAUAAUAAUUACUUGUGAAGUGUGUCAUUCGUAGUCAGUGGAUGAAAUGGUAGGAGAUGAUGCUGCAGUGAAAAUAACAAGUAAAUGCAUGCUGGUAAUUGGAGAAAAAUAUUUAUUGUUAAGUGAACUGCAGCAAAGAGAGUGAUUGCACUUGUUGUAGUACAUACUCACACCUGACAAAUAAUUGUUUGUAACAAUAUAAGUGCAAAAUUAGCGUAGCUUAGGUGUCGAAAUGUUUAAAAUCAUAAAGGGUAGAUACUCUCACAGACUUCCACCUAAUUUUGACCUGGUGAACUUAUGCAGGAGAUCAUUGGUAAUGAGGAUGAGAAAAUUGAAGACCGAAUUUGGGAGGCAAUCUCUGUUUUUCAGAGGUCCAAUUCUUUGGAAUGACCUCAAAAAUGAAACAAGAAUUCAAGAUGAAGUAGCUAGAUUCAAAGUAGCCUUGAAGAAAUGUAAUCUGGAACAAAUUAGUUUAAUGAAGGGAACUUGUGUAAUUUUAAAUAAAAAUUUAGAUGAUUUCUUUUAUUAUUAACUUGUAAUUUUAACUUACGAUGCUCUGUUGAUAGGAUAAUUUUAGUAUUACUUAUAGCUGUGCUAAACUUUCCUCAGCGGCGAUGAGCGAGGCGAAAAGUCUGCCUUUCGCAGGCUAGCUUUGCAGCCCAGUGAUUACCACUCGAUGACUUCCCCAGCCAUUUGCAAAAUAUCUGCAAGACUAAUCUAAAGUCCUAUUAUAUUUUGAAUUUGUAGAGAAACGGGAAAUAAAAAGAAGAAAAAAUGGGUUGAAAUUUAACGCAUACUUUUAAAUCAGGCAAAAGCCGAGUCCAAUAAUUGCUAGAUAUUGAAAUUUGUUUUGCUUUCUUUAAGGUAAUGCAUAGAAACGACAGCAAAUAUCAUUUCCAAAUAUUGUAAUUGUUAGUGUAUUCAGGAAGACUUUUACGUUGAAAUCCCGUCGCCAAAAAGUCAGCCUCAAGACAAAACAGAAACACGUAACAUCGGAGGGUUCAUUUCUCAUAUAUAUCCACUUCAAUUUGUUUGCAGCAGCCAAAUCAAACUACUAUUUCAUUUUACAUUUCAUGGCAUUUUAUGUCUUGCAAACACCAUUUCAUAACGGUGAGUAUAAAAUGUUUUUGUUAAUUUGCGCGUAUAAGUGUCUUUUUCAAGAACAAAGCACAAUGAUCUUUCUCUACCAAAUCCAGUGGUUAAUAUUCCAAAAUAUUUCCUGACUGAAUAAUAAAUGCAAGAUUACAGAAAAACCAAAGCCAAAUAGCUCACUAUAAUGAAUAAUAAGAUUAGCGCACACGUUGCAUAACGCUAAAAGUUUGAUAGCCGAAAUAGAACUGCAGCAGGGGCCUAGCCAGCUCAUGGACCUAAAUGCGCAGGUCUACAAAUUUUUGGUUCGAUCACUCUACCGCUUGUAAUAAAUGAUGUGUCCAUGGGGUGAGAUAAAAUGCAUAAGAGGUCUAAGUGUUGGUAAGUUCAGUGCGUACUAGUCAUGCGUGUAAUUUUCAGGAUGUAUGAAAAUAAAAGUCAGCCAGGCCUACAAAACAAAACUCGUGGGACACGUUUGCGUUUCUGGGGCGUUUUCCAAUUCACAAAGGGCCAACCCCUCCCCUCACCCCACAAACAAUGUUGGAUGCGUGUAUCCAGAAUUUUUUUCCGAGUUUCAACUUUGUAUAGAGUGGUGGGAGGGAGAACUGCAACAAAAUUUCGAAAACGCUGCACAGUUUUAAGAGGGAACCGAGGAAUAACAAAAAAAAUAUGAAUAUUGCGGUACUGUCCCAAGGACUGUCCAGGAUUGUAGUCAAAAAGCUGGCUACGCCCCUAACUCCAGUCUAACUCAGUGAGUUCUGUCGCAACGAUCCGAGGUGAGUUGCUGUUCCAUUGUACAAUCUGUAGAAUUGCUAAGAUCGGUGAGCUCUUCUCCGGCGUCCCAAGUAUAGUAGUGAUUGUUGAAUGUCAUGAUACCUUUUCUUUCUACUCUAGGUUUUUUCCAUUUCCAUUGGGUGUGGUUUCAGUGACCCAAUAACAAUAGCAUACAACUCUCCAGGUAAAUGUUUCGAGAUUUUGGUCACAGGCAAGGAGUAGCGUCACCAUUCAUGUCACCUAUAAACUAGAAUGGGCAAUGUCCUUUUUAUAUUUAACCCUAAAUCUUAGCUAACAGGGACUGCGUAGUGGUGAGAGCACUUGCCUCCUAUCCUAAUGUGGGUUAAUUAAUUGGUUUUCCUCUUCUCUGCUGGUGCUUCAAGACAUUUCUCAGUCCAGCAAAGCUUUACUGCGGAUUUUUCUUCCUUCUUCAAGUUCUAAUUCCAUCUAGAUAGAAAGUCAUUAGGUAGAAUACUUUACUUAUAAGUGUUUUACGUUUUCCAAAUAUUAAAGGGUGGCUUGUUUAUUUAUUUAUUCAUUUGUUCUGAUGUAUUUAUACAAAUGUGGACUUCUGUGAGUGACACAUUUUUUGUCGUAAGUGGGAUUUGUUUAAGCUAUCCCCUGUUGUUUUUCAGUGUCUGGCCGAUCAAUCAUUUGCUGAUGCAGAAGAUUCGAGCAAAUAAUAGGUCUACAAAUAGUUUAUUGGCCUGCGAAACGUAACACUGAUGAUAUUUUGCAAAACAAGUUAAUUUAAUGGGCGUGCCUCUUUUGUGUUGAAAUUAAUUACAGAAAUGCGGAGCCGUUGUUGUCACCACAGACAAUCAGUGGUAGAAGCAGAAUCAUUUGAGUCUUGAUAGUCAUGAUUCCGCUCGUUUUUGCCUCAAUGAUUCAUGAUUCCUACAAGACUUUUUUCCAGAUUCAAGAUUCAGGAAGACUUUUGAACACCUAUUGACUUAAUUAUUUUCUCAGUGGCAACUUAGUUUCGUUUUGUACAUGUAUAGUUCCGUUGGCGUUCAAACUUCUCCUUCAUACAGACUCGGUAUCAUCAUUCGUUUUGUCUAGAUACUGUUUUUUUUUUUGUAACUGGCAUGAAUAUUGGCGUUCCCCAAGGUUCAAUACUAGGGCCUUUGUUUUUUCUACUUUACAUGAACGAUAUAAUCAACACGUCAACAAUAUUACAACUGAUAUUAUUUGCCGAUGAUACAAACGUAUUUGUGUCUCACAAGGAUAAAGACUGCCUUACUAAUAUACUGAACGCUGGACUAAAUAAGUUGUCAAUAUGGUUUAGAGCUAACAGGCUUUCAUUAAACUUGAAAAAAACCAAAUUCAUUGCAUUUAAACCAUCCCAAAAGCGUACAAAUCAAACUAUUCAACUUUUAAUUAAUAGUCAAAAAAUUGAUCAAGUAAAAGAAACAGUUUUCCUGGGAGUAAUCAUGGAUGAAAAUUUAAAUUGGAAAUCUGAAAUCUCACAUGUCGCCAAUAAAGUUUCUAAAUGCACAGGAAUUAUUCGUAAAUCCAGUUUCUAUUUAUCCACGAAAACCUUACGAACACUAUAUUUUUCUCUAGUCUAUCCAUAUACCUUUUUUACUGCAACUUAGUUUGGGCCUCUACUUACAGAACUAACCUUAUUCGUCUUGAGAUUUUACAGAAACGAGUGAUCAGAACUAUAGCUAAAACCACUUUCGAUGCACAUACUGAUCCAAUCUUUCAAAAUCUUGGUAUCUUAAAAUUUCAUGAUAUAUACUUGAUACAACUAGGCUUAUUCAUGUACUCCUAUCAAAACCAUACUCUGCCUUUAAAAUUUCAUUGUAAAUUUACCUUACAAAGUCAAAUUCAUUCGUAUAAUACAAGAAACUCGUGUAAAUUUCGUCUGCCUUUCUGUCGUACUCGAACCAAGCAAUUUUCCGUUUUUUAUCAAGGACCUAAAUUUUACAACACCUUAAACACCAACAUCAUCAACGCUUCCUCACCUUUCUCCUUUAAAAGAGCACUUAAGGCAUUUAUUUGUAAUAAUUAUUAGUAUACUUCAACAAAAAUCUUGGGAAAAAGCCUUUUAAUAUUCAACAUUUGUACAUGUAAACUUCCGUAAUAUUGAUUAGUUUAAUUUUUCACCUGAUAUUAUAUUGUACCCGUCGCCGUAAUUUUUAUGCCAUCUUCGAAAAAUUGUAAUUGAGGAGGCCUAAUUCACAUAAGCUCUAUAGUUUCUUUUAGGCCUCCUCGCCAUCUCUUCCUACAUUUUUUUUUUUUCUUUUGGCAUCUUUAAGUAAUUAUUGUAAUUGUGUGGCAAAUAAACAAAUACCUAAAUACCUAAAAUAUUAAGCACCAGAAGAAGAUACUGGAAAAGCAAGCUGACUGUCAGCCCCGAACGUACCAAUUACUGAUAGGGGGUUCUGGGAGCAUGCUCCCCCGCGAAAAUGUUUGAAAAUUGGACUCUCCGAAACGCCAUGUCCUGCAUUCCAUGGAUCCAACGCUACUAAUUUAUAUGUUAUUUUGUUGAGCUUUCCUUUGAGUCUCGCUAUUCAUGAUUCCCCAGCCGAAGUACAAAGAUUCAUCAUUCCCUAGUUUUUAAACUAAGAUUCAUGAUUCUUACAUGUUUUAUAACUAUGAUUCAUGAUUCAUGAUUCCGGUUCCACCCACCGACAGAGAAGGGAAAAGUACGAAUAAGGACAGCAUGUUAGCAGUAAAACGAGCUUUUCGUCUAUUGCGCAUGAGUAGACCAUUGUUACGAAACUGCUAUCUGCAGUAACGUAAUAAUGAUCUCUGAAUCGAUUAAACUUCAGAAGAAAAUUGUCUGAAUGAUUAUACUCUUCAUAAGGUCCAGAAAUUAGGUUUCUGUGAUACUUCAAAAUAUCACUGCUUUAAAAGACAACCACUUAAAAGUAAUUAUCUCAAUUCUUGUCCUGAGUGUAUCCACAUUCUGCAAGUAGCCCUCUUGUCCUACUCUCUUCCCUCGAUCUCUUCUAGAAUACGACAUUGAAAUGUCUUUGUUUAAUAUUUUGUUAAUUGUUUUACUGGUAACAUACACUUUUCUUUCAGGCUGUGAUCAUAUAACCAAUUUUCCCAAAAGCAAAUGCUUCUUCAUCAAAUGUAAGUUUUAGAAUUAUUUGCCUCCUUUCACUUACCAAACGAUUAUGGAUAUCCACCUGUUUGUAUAUUAACAUCACUUAUUUACUGCUUUUCCUUUUCCUUUUCCUUUUUUCUCUUUUACUUUUGUCUUUUUUUAUUAAAUGUCUUAAUUAACGGGCAUACUGAUACUGUAAACGGUUAAUUAAUUAAUAUUAAGUUUAUUUCUUUUUAAUUAUAUAUUAGAUGGUAGCUAAUCCGAUAUUGUCAGCAAAGCUUUCAUCAUUUAAUUUUUUAAAACCGUCCAAUUAUAUGGCUUGAUUUGGAUAACUUGUCCGUCCAAAUCAAGAAAAAUGAGCCAAUAAUAAGCCAGUACAAUUGGCUAUUCAACUUAGCCUAUCGGAGAACAUACUCACUCAUUCACUCACACUCACUCACUCAUUUUCAAGAUUGCCUAAAUAGCUCUGGAGAAAAAUAUACAAACAAGGAAAUUUAAAAAGAUUACCACUCAGAAGAAUAUCUUAAGACAGUUAGAAAUCGAGCGCAUAGAAUUAGUAUCACUAAGCUGCGAUUAGGAGUUUAAUUUAUUCUUUACGCAUACAACCUUUUGUUUAACUGAUCAUUGACAAUCUUUUAUAUGUGAAAGGUUUAAACCCAGGAGUCAUUUCAAAAGUGGGUUGAGUUUGAUCGUCCUGGUAAACGUAGUCCUGAAUAGGACUGUUGUUGUUGACAGUGACUGACGUUUCGACAACCUAUGAGGUAGUCAUCUUCAGAGUCAAAGUGAGUUGUAUCACGUCAGUUGAUGGCAUUAUAUUCUGUUUAUUGAUCUGAUUGGUCAAUUAUGUCGCGAUGUUAUUGGUCGUCUGUCAGUUAAGCCGUGAUGUUAUUGGCUAUGAAGACUCGUAAUCAGUAAUUGUUGCGUUUCGAUCCGUCUAUUGUCACAGUUAAGAGAGUGUCUCUGUAAGAGCGGUCCGGUCGAUUUUGCUUGAGACACAGAUUAAGCUCAUUUCUUGUGUGUUGUAAGACAUUCAUGUACCUGAACUAAAACCACAAUCCGUUUGAUCGGAUCUCUUUAUUUUUCAGAGUUUUACGGAAAUUAAAUUUCACUCGAGCGAAGGCCUGUCGUGACACUUUUCAAGACGUUAAUUUGAGGCAACUUUGACGGACAAUUUACAACAAACUACGGGACUCAGCAAAAAAAAAAAUACCACAGCCAUGUAUAUUAACUCUAUCUUAUCCAUCGAGGCGACUUUCGUGAACAUCACGUUUCAAUCAAGCAAACAGGAAGACUUGAACGACACGUUAUCUGUUUGCUUAAGUCACACACCCGAAAACCGAUCAAAUUCAAGGUACAUUUUUGAAAAAGUGAGGCGUUCUUAACUGAUCCAACUAAUAUAGCUAGGAAGUACGUGCCAUAGAAAAGGUAACUACAGAAAAAAACUUUGCGGCCCGACCUUUACUAAAACUUUAUAAAUCCGUGAACUUACCUAAUUUUCGGCAAUCUCCAAGUUUUGCCGCCAUUUUGAGGGACUUGUCAACUUGAAGCGUAACAGAUAUAAAUCGAGCAGGUAGAUCUAAAACCGCCAGAAAUACAUACGAAAGCAUUCAAAUCAACUUCACUUUCAAUUCAAAGGGCAAAAUUUGAAAUUGUUCGUUAAACCUACCAUUCCUACAUCCCCAUGCGACCAUUUCUUCCAACAAUUCAAACACUACAACUAGUGUUCGAAUUUCCCUCGUCGAUUCCACCGUAAGAAAUAACCUGUACCACCCAAGCUUCGACUCGAAUGUGAAGUACGAAUCAAACAACAUAACUGCUUCAUCUUCGAGGCCAUAUCACGCUGGUAUUUUGAUUUUCUGAUCGACAAGAACGGUGAUCAGAAAGUGAUCGCCAUGUUUACCUCAUAAACGUGACCGCUGACCAGCCGCUGAGUGAAAACAGUACGGUGCGGGGUGGUGUGGGUGGCGGACUUAUCGUCAUAAGAUAUUCGAAUACAUGCUAAAAAAGCUUUAGCACUCUUAGUUUAAACAGUGAAGGCAUGCUUCGUGGUACAGACAACUUUUAUUUUAUUCUCGUAACUUUUUCCUUUAAAUUAGAACUGGUAUUAAUUAAUAGAGUUAUUUAGAUAUUUUUAACCGAGGUACCCAUAUGACCUUUUUGCUUGUCCUCAGUGGUAUAAAAUAAGGUGUCUUUUCUUCCAGAACCUUUUAUUUAUGCGUUAUUGCACGGAAUGAACACUAUACUUAGAAGGUUUGUUCUAAAUCAUUUUUGCUGUUCCCAAGAAUGUAUGCAAAAUCAUUGCUUUAUACAAAGCUGAUUCUAAAAUAUUAUUUUCCGUAACAAUAAUCAAUGUCAUUUACGUAAGGUGUUAAUAAAACUAGCAAUAUACAAUUUUUAGCAUUUUCCACUUAUAAGCCUGACAUACAAUUGUCCAGUGAACUAUGUUAGUUUCAGCUCAUUCCUUGAUUCGAUGUGACCUUUUAUCACUAAACCCUAUUCUUUUCAUUUGCAAUUUUCCUGUACGUUUUUUUUUUUUUUUUUCAUACGACAACGACAAAGAGUUUUGUAAGUAAACCGAUUUUUUGGUGUACCACGCCUAUUACACUGUAUAUACAAAUACAUGCAAAAGGCCGGCUAAAUAAGUUCACUUGACAAUUGUAUGUCAGGCUUAUAAGUGGAAAACGCUAAAAAUUGAGAGUGCUAAAGCUUUUUUAGCAUGUAUUCGAAUAUCUUAUGAAGAUAAGUCCUCCACCCACACCACCCCGCGCCGUACUGUUUUCACUCAGCGGCUGGUCAGCGGUCACGUUUAUGAGGUAAGCAUGGCGAUCACUUUCUGAUCACCGUUCUUGUCGAUCAGAAAAUCAAAAUACCAGCGUGAUAUGGCCUCGAAGAUGAAGCAGUUAUGUUGUUUCAUUCGUACUUCACAUUCAUGAUUCGAAGCUUGGGUGGUACAGGUUAUUUCUUACGGUGGAAUCGACGAAGGAAAUGCGAACACUAGUUGUAGUGUUUGAAUUUUGGGAAGAAAUGGUCGCAUGGGGAUGUAGGAAUGGUAGGUUUAACGAACAAUUUCAAAUUUUGCCCUUUGAAUUGAAAGUGAAGUUGAUUUGAAUGCUUUCGUAUGUAUUUCUGGCGGUUUUAGAUCUACCUGCUCGAUUUACAUCUGCUACGCUUCAUGUUGACAAGUCCCUCAAAAUGGCGGCAAAACUUGGAGAUUGCCGAAAAUUAGGUAAGUUCACGGAUUUAUAAAGUUUUAGUAAAGGUCGGGCCGCAAAGUUUUUUUCUGUAGUUACCUUUUCUAUGGCACGUACUUCCUAGCUAUAUUAGUUGGAUCAGUUAAGAACGCCUCACUUUUUCAAAAAUGUACCUUGAAUUUGAUCGGUUUUCGGGUGUGUGACUUAAGCGAACAGAUAAGGUGUCGUUCAAGUCUUCCUGUUUGCUUGAUUGAAACGUGAUGUUCACGAAAGUCGUCUCGAUGGAUAAGAUAGAGUUAAUAUACAUGGCUGUGGUAUUUGUUUUUUGCGGAAUCCCGUAGUUUGUUGUAAAUUGUCCGCCAAAGUUGCCUCAAAUUAAUGUCUUGAAAAGUGUCACGACAGGCCUUCGCUCGAGUGAAAUUUAAUUUCCGUAAAACUCUGAAAAAUAAAGAGAUCCGAUCAAACGGAUUGUGGUUUUAGUAUAGGUACAUGAAUGUCCUACAACACACAAGAAAUGAGCUUAAUCUGUGUCUCAAGCAAAAUCGACCGGACGCUCUUACAGGGACACUCUCUUAAACAGUCGUCUAUUGUUAGCCAAAUUGUCAGUUCAGUCGUUCUCUCGUAGUUAGUUUUGCUUGAUCUCGUCAAUAAGUCGUUUGUACGGCGCUGGUAACUGUUGGCUACGAUUCAGUGGCGUUUGUUUUAAGUUAGUAAACCAGCUUUCUAAAGUAAGACGUUAAUAGUAGUUUGUAGAAUACGUUAUACAUGUCGCAGAGUCCCAGUCAAUUUGAUGUUUCGUCUGUAAAUGGUGCUCAGUAAUGUGAUUGUUGACGUCACCAUUCCUCGUCGCUCUUUUGUGUUCGGUCAGUCGCGUGCUUAGGUUUCUGCCGGUUUCACCAAUGUAAGAAGUCUGGCAGUCGCAGCAUUUGAUCUUGUAUACUACUCCAUGUCUGUCCUCCGGUUUGUCUUUGUCCUUGACAUUAGUAAACAGUCGCCGUAAAGUGGUUACCUGUUUGUGUGAACCACGUAUAUUGUAAGGUUGUUGCGUUCGAGGUACGAGAACGCAACCCCUAAUUUGUGUUGGGUUUUCUGUGCAUUAUUGGGUGUCCUGUGCAAUUAAUAAGGGAGGUUUUUUUGAGAUUGCAUUUUCGUCGUCGUCGACACACAUUUGCCUCGAUUUGAGGCGCUUGCUUACGUUUUGCCUCACUUUGACGCGCUAACUCAUGUGGUGAUUCUUGUGUCCUCGGUGUUCAUCUUUCAAAGGUUUGCUGAGGUCUGAUAUUCUGUCUUCGAAAAGCGUUCAUCUUUUAAAAAGUUUGCUGAAUCUUCGUAAAGGGUACAUCGAUCUGUGUUUGCUGAAUCGUCCAAAGCGUUCAUCUUUCAGAAGUUUGCUGUUAAAUUUUACUUUGGAUUAAGCCUUUAUAUUUUUCAGCAUGGUUCAUCACUGUCUUUGGAAAAUGUCUGCGACUCCUGGUGCAUGCAUCAAGCCUGGUUUAGUUCGGCGGCCGUUGUGCCACAAAGUAAAUUUACCGAGUUGUGUAACUCGGUGGCCGUUGUGUCACAAAGUAAAUCUACCGAGUUGUGUAGCUCGGCGACCGUUGUGUCACAAAGUAAAUUUACCGAGUUGUGUAACUCGGUGGCCGUUUUGUCACAAAGUAAAUCUACCGAGUUGUGUAGCUCGGCAGCCGUUGUGCCACAAAGUAAAUCUACUGAGUUGUGUACCUCGGCGGCCUUUGUGUCACAAAGUAAAUUUACCGAGUUGUGUAACUCGGCAGCCGUUGUGCCACAAAGUAAAUUUACCGAGUUGUGUAACUCGGUGGCCGUUGUGUCACAAAGUAAAUCUACCGAGUUGUGUAGCUCGGCAGCCGUUGUGCCACAAAGUAAAUCUACCGAGUUGUGUAGCUCGGUGGCCGUUUUGUCACAAAGUAAAUCUACCGAGUUGUGUAGCUCGGCAGCCGUUGUGCCACAAAGUGAAUCUACUGAGUUGUGUACCUCGGCAGCCUUUGUGUCACAAAGUAAAUUUACCGAGUUGUGUAACUCGGCAGCCAUUGUGCCACAAAGUAAAUCUACCGAGAUGUGAAGCUCGGCGGCGCCAUUUGAUCAUGACUUGUGAUAUUUCGGCAAAGGACAAACGAACACUUUUUAAUUAACUCUAUGUUAUUUAUUAGGAAAAACUUAUAAACCACUCUCGAAGUCACUGAAAUUAACACGCUCGACCAAAUUACUGGAAAACAUUGACGUGAGCCGCACACACAUUCCAUUGAAGGCUUUGACAGGGUUAGUGCGAAGUCUGAAUUCAGAUGUGAAAGCUGAUCAAGUUGAUGAUUGGAUGCUCUUAAAAAUAACAUAGGAAAUUAUCCGAAGAAAUGUUUUUGAAGAAAGGAAAAGAAUACCGGGUUAACCACUAAUCGGCCUUAGCAACUGCGCCCUGUAACUCGCGCCAGUAAAACAAAAUGUUCUAUAUACGAUUACAAGCACUUGACACCUUACCAUACGAUAUCUUUUCAAAACCUUCUUAUAACUUGAUGCACAGUUUAAAUAGAGGUUUUGCUGUACGCAACCCUUACCUUCAAAAUAUACCAUAAUCGUAUUUAUCUACAUCGAAACCACCCUUCCCCCUCAACUACUACCCGUUACGCCUAACAAACAUAUCGAACGCACUCUCCUAAGCUCCGAUUACUCCUAGUAAUACGUGCAAUAGUUUCAGAGGUGCCUCCGAUGUACGGUAUAGUCGCUGUCGUAACAGGGCCAGAGUUGGUCUGAGUGUUGGAAUCAGUGUUACUGUGAGUGAUCUGUCUAACAAAGUCCGCGUUGCAAUUGUUCUUACUAAAAACGUUGUUAAGAUAUAUAAUCAGUCUCGUCUUGUAGGCUGUCAGGUGAGUCGCAAACUAGUUGCGCUCGUCUGUCUUAGUCCGGAUAGUAGUAGCCUUGUGAGAGGUCGGAUUGUACUAAGACUGGUCUAAUAAUCGGUCGGUAUGUGUCGGUUUUCUGUAAAUAGUCGUUUUUAGUUUGUUGUUGUCGCGAGUGACCAAGCAGUCUAGAAAAGGUAUCUUACCAUUUUCUUCGAUCUCCUUGGUGAAUUGUAUGUCAGCAUUCUGCCUGUUAAGAGCGGAUGUCAGUAAAUAUCGAUCAGGGGUCUGCAAAAGUGAAAAAUCGAAAAUUCUCAAAAAAAUUCACAAAGUAGCACUAGGUAAGCUGUUAACAUAAAUAUAAUUUUUACUUUGAUCCGAUAAUUUUAGUUUUAGACGUACGGGGGGUUAUCGUUUUCGCGGCUCUCGGACCGAGUUUUACAGGCCCGGAACGGUGUGUCACGAAAAAAUCGUUUUAAAAAUCAAAUCAAUUGUAAUGCGAACAGCGAAUAACUUAUUCGGAAAAGUACAUAAUCAUAUACAGUUUAAGGGGUGAUUUACUCAGUUUCAACGAAAAUGUAAUAUUUUGGAAAUUUUUCAUUAUUUUUAAUAUUUUGAACGUUUCCGUUCGAUGAAAAAGUGGCAAACGUCAAAGCCCAAAAUCCUCGACUGGUACCUCGAUUUCAGUAAAGAGUCUUAUACCACGUUAAAGAGCGUUAUCUCUUCUUUCAAAAUCUGUUUUCAAAACUAUGGGAAACUUAAAAGAGGCCAAAAAUUACAAUUAGUACUUUUCUGAAAUUUGAGCUGUCAACAACAACAACAGUCCUAUUCAGGACUACGUUUAUUAGGACGAUCAAACUCAACCUACUUUUGAAUCUUUUAUAUGUUUAGCUGCUCAUCGAGAGGCGCAGAGAGUGGUCAGAAAUAUAGCACCUUCUAUUCCUUUAACUGCAAAAGAUGACUAUCCAUUUAAUGUGACUAUAAACUGGGAUCCGCCAGCUUUCGAAAAGCUGAAUCCAGUGUAUGUGUACCUGGUUUCGUUGUUCGCAUACAGAAACAACAGCUGCGACGGGCGAAUAAGUCUCGAUCUCGUUAGUUCUCAUCGACAGGUAAGUUGGUUAAUACAUUACAAGUCAAGGUUCUGGUGUUUCAUUUUAUAUUCGGACGUUACUUGCAACUUUCUGGCGCCGGUUAGAUCUGCUCCUGGGUUCCUGGGUGGUUCUGAUUCGAUUCUUAAGCCCCUCUUUCUGCGUUUCGUAAUUACCUCCAAAUCUAAAUCUAAAUAUGGUUUUGUCGGCAGCAUCCACGAGGGAUAUCACCGCAACUCUAAAACAGUAAAAAUAUAGAUGAUAAUAAAAGCUAAAAAUACAAAUAAAAUUUAUUGUACUAUAAACUGCUAGUAAAAGAUAACCUAAAGGGGUUUAAAAUCUUGCAGCAUCCCCGUCAGGCUCUCUGUUCGAUCAUAAUUUCCCGUGAAAAAGCGAACCGCUGUGGUACCCUUUCAGGUGCGGCUUUAUCUUUCCAGUAGUCUUGUACAUGGUUUCUUUCACUGGACCUGUAACCAGCUUUGAAUCCAAUGCAGUGACUUCACUGCUCUAUCCUACGUCGUUUUAAACUGGAGGCCCCAAUCCUCAACCUGGAACUCGAACCGCUACGGUUGAUGAUUUUACUCAUGGCAAAUUGGCCUGUUCGGCCUUUUUGCUAUUUCUAUCCUAGCUGUAUCGCAACAUUUAUUGCGUAAAUCUAAUGCUUCUAAAUUUACUUGCAGGUGACACCGUAUAUCUCAUUUACUUACCUUAUACCUAAAACAAAAUACAAAAUUGAAGUAAGUGUUACAACGAGCCCCCGUAUUGCAAUGUAGGCGAGAUUCAACUCAACACCCUAUUUACUCUAUCUACCCAACGUAGCAAAUUCUAAGUGCUUAGAAUUGCUAUUACGUUAUUUUUCUUUUAAAUCUGAUAUUUUGUCAUGAUUUCAUCUUUAUUUGGGUGUGGUUUGGUCAGUGUCAUAUUACCGACGAGUAUAGUUGAUUGUCUUGAUUUAAGUCUGCCUGGCUGCCUGGUUCCGCUAGAACCCAUCAUGUAGACAGACAUUUCUCUCAGUCAUCGUAUUCCUAACUAAUUUUACAGCUGUUACAUCAAGUUGUGACGCCAAUAAAGAGUACAAAUAAAGAUUGUUGUUGUUGCCACUGUAGUCAGUCUGAUCUUGGAAAUAAUUUUGGCCGAAAACAGGCUUAACAUAACGAUCUCACUUCAUCAAGGCAUUAACUGAUCGCGUGAAACAUUUACCCUACGGAUUAGAGCCAAUACAAAUGUACUUUAAAAACCUUUCACUGGUCUUACAAUAUGUGAAUCUAAUCUGGAGUAUGAUUAUUUACAGGUUGAAGCAUUAUUCGCCUAUCUCAAACCUCAGUCGCCGAAGAGGCACAUAAACUUUACAAUACCUGGUUAGUAAACUUAAAACUAACGUACAUGUAAUACAUUUACAAUGGCAUAAAUACCUCUUAUUAUACGAGUUUUCGGUCCGUACUGUAAAUUACGGACCGAGUUUUUUUCUCGCGCGGGCCAUAAAUCGAUGGAAAAAAACGAGGAUCCGUAAUUUACAGUACGGACCGAAAAAACGAGGCUAAUAAGAUGUUUAUUAUAUGACUUCUUCCUGUUUGGGGGACCGGAAACAAGUGCAGGACGAAGGAUAUGACAGUCAUUUGACAGGCGUCAAAAAAGAACGUUUUUAUUGGCGCAAAAAAACAAUAGCACAUAGCAAAAGCUUUCCGAGAAAGUAAAAACAAAUUCGCCAUUUUGAAAAAGUUUAUUCGGUCAAAACUAUGGGCACUGUAAGUUUUAGCUCUUUAAUGUAACGCUGGAGUAUUUUGGAAACCGGACACUGUGUCUGUCUAGAAGUCGUUUCCAUCUUUCUUCCGUUUGUCCUUGUGAAAAAACACUGCAAAAGGCAAAGAAGCUUUUCAAGGUAAGUUUGUUGUCAUUGUCGAAGGAUUCACACGUUAUUUUAAUUGUUUUUGGGAAAACCUCUCUUUCCGCCAGUUUAUUCUCGUCCUCAAUUGUGAUCUGCGUUAUAAUUUUCAAACACUGGCUAGAAUUCUCUUCCUCGGUAAGGUUACGAUUCAGUUUCUACAACAGCUUCGUUCUCAUUAAAACGCACGGAGCUAGGUUACAAUUUGGAAAGGCAAAGUCAACAUCCCACUCCUCAGUGUUUUAAAUACAUAUUUCAAAGUUUAUUCGGUGGAAACUAAGAGCACUGUAAGUAUUCACUCGUUAAUGUGAAAACUGGACAUUAUUGUGUCUGGCUCGAACUCGCUUCUAUCUUUCUAUCGUUGGUCUUUGAAAAAACACUGCAGAAGGCAAACAAGCUUGUCAAGAUGAUCGGGUGCAGGUAUGUUUGUUAUCAUAUUUGUUGAAGGAAUUACUCAUUUUCUCUCAGGCAAAACAUCUCGAAUCUCUGCCAGUCGAUUUUCGUCUUCUUAACUGUGUAGUAUGAUAAAAUAAAAAAACACUGACUAGAAUCCUCGUCGAUAAGAUUACGAUCGAGUUAGUUUCUUCAUCGCGUUCGUUCACAAAUAAACACAGUUUAAAAUGUUGAAGGACAAAGUCAACAUCCAAGUCUUCAAGGUUGACAGGCGUCUUAUGACUUUAUUUAAACCUUUUUUCCGAGGUAAAGAGAUUUAGAGCUCCGAAAUGAGCAUUUUCUUUAAAAAUUUUGGUCCGUAUAGCAAGUUACGGACCGCAAAUUGACCAAUCGCAUGGCGAAAACAGACUCAGCCAUAUAAUAAGACACCAGAUGGUACUUCAGUAAUUUUUUGUAUCCCUCAAUGCAUCAGGUUUAGUUUCAGCUAAACAUCUAGAGAGCCACUGGAGUAUGAACGACAGCCUUAUUUUACUGCUACUGCCAAUUCAAAAUAAUAGCAAUUCCGGGAUUCUUCUAGAAAGUUUCAAACUGCAGUGUGCUAAGACCUCUGCUAAGAGAUUGUUUCCCUUAAAAAUGUUUGCUAGAUUGAAAUCAAUCUAACUGCAUUUCUUUUCUUUAAGAUAUAAAUUUGGAGGAUCUAGAGGUUCAUUACAAAGGUACACAAUUCCACCUUUCGUCAAACGGGAAUAGCUUUGAUGUUAACAUUUCCUGGGACGAACCAACAUUUAACAGGAAACUGACAGGCUAUCAGUUUUCUUACCAAGUUGGAUACCAAAAAUCGGUAGUCAAUGAGACUGUAAGUACUUCAAAUUAAUUUUCUUUUGUUGUUCAAUAAAAACAGUGCCUGAAAUAAACAUAGUGUGAACAGCGUAUAAAUUUAACCUCUAAACUGUACUCGAUCACUUCUUUCCUUAAAGGAAUACCACACGACACCACAGAGUAGCUCCCAACACCCCCCCCCCCGCCUUGGUAAAAAACUAGAGACAUUUAAAAAGUGCUUCAACUGUUGUAUUGAUUAAACAGUAAUGUUAAGCCAUUGGCUUUAAUUUCCUCCUCCUAAGUUUGCGUUUCUAGUUCUUUUUUGUCAUAAUUAGUUUGUUCUUUUAUUUUUAUUUGGAGAGAAAGUAAAUCAACAGAUCAGAGUUUCGGAGGAUUCUAUUUUAGGUCCCUUAAGAGGACUUAGGCCAUUUAAGGAGUUAUUUGUGAUCAUCCUGAUUUACACUCGACCAGCGCGAAUCGUCUUUGUUCUUCUGUAGAAUCAAGUAAACCGUCAUGCGAUCGUGUUAAAAAACCUGGUAAAAUAUUACCCAAAGCUCCGGAAAACCGCUAAGGAAAUGUUUGUUGACGAAUAACAGCGACAAAGACAUCACAACAAUACAAGGGGUGAAAAUAAUUUUUGGCUCACCAAAAAAUCUUCAGUCAAAUCGGCGCCAUUUUCCUCAGCUGUAAUACAAAAAAUGAAUUCGUACUCACGAACGCAUGAUCGUUUGCUCGGCCAAAUUCAUAUUCUACAGUAAACAGUAAACGAAGGCGAUUCGCGGUAUCAGCUGUAAAAUUUUCCCACAGUUGAGGUCACAAAUAGCUCCCCUGCACCCUGUGUCAAGGGUGAGAAAAGGGUAUGCUCUAGGGCUUUCAGUCAGCGUGUGGAAAGAAAACUAAAUAAUAUAAACCUUAAUUUCUGAUUUGACGAUUGAUCUUUAUGGUCACUUUUUCUUUUAGAAAAAGACUUACUUUGAUAUUCCAGAGGUGUUGCAUGGCGAGCAAUUUGCUUACCGGGUAAGAUUUACCUGUAAAUCAGUUUUCGGAUGAUAAUCUAUAUGCGGUGCCCCGGGAUUUUGUAGUGAUCAGCUACCAUGGUUUAAGAUGAUAUAACUAUGGUUUGACUAUGGUCGGUUAGAAAUAUUAAUGGCACAUGCAUAUUAGACUAUAGUAAAAAAAUGUACAUGAUAUGACAUGAUCAACAAUGUUUAAGGCAAACGUCAGACCAGACAUGGAAUCGCAUAGAUAACAAUACGUGACCAUGGUCAAAGGAACACGUUUAAGCCCACAAACUUUCCUGAAAUCAUUGGGAGUUUUAAAAUUCUAAUCUUUGAUGAAGUCACAAAAUCAAGAAAAAGGAACUAUAGAAAUAGACAUUUGUCAUUGGAAAUUACUAGGCCUAGAAAAGAACUCCAUUUAAUCGCUUAUUAGUAAAAUAUGUUAUUAGUAAAAUCCAACUAGUGGUCUAUUAUCAAUGCUGCGUUCUGAUUGGUUGAGCUACUACUAGGCUAUAUGUUAUAGCCCACUAGUAGCGAAAAGCGUGGGGUUAGGGUUAGCUUUAAUUAUAACUAGCUAAAAUUUUUUUAUUCUCGAUAUUUUUGGCCAACUAGUUGGAUUUUACUAAAACAGUUAUUCCUCUCGCCCUCAUGGCCUCUGAGGCAAUAGCUAUUGACUCAGAGACCAUUCGGGCUCGAGGAAUAAUUGUUAAAUAUUGUUCAUAAUUAUGGUCCGUGCUUUUUCACUGUGAGCAUCAGGGUUUGAGGGAGGAUUCAGCAAAUUAAACAAAAUUUCGGAGAAGUAAUCUCUUCGUUCUGAGAGUGUUGCCACUUGUGAUUUUCCCCAAAUUUUAUUUACAACAGUGAUGUCUAUAAGAAUCGCUGAAUCUUAUUCUAUCAGACCCUGACAGUCCUAAUACAGUAAAAAAACAACAACAACAUCAGGCCUCAGGUUUGAUUCCUUUCAGGUUACUCCCAAAUACGACCUGUCAUGGUUAAAAGGAAAAGAACAACUUGACAGGGCAACGGCAGAAGGUAUCAAUGACAAAACUCAAAACGUUCUCAGAACAGUUAUUUAUAAUAAGUAAAGAUAGUCAAGCUUUACGCUGUACAUGCACUUUUUACUCUUUAUACAUCGACAAUCACCUCUUAAUAACGAUAUCAAACAAAAAUUCAAUUCACGGAUAAAUUUUAUCAGGGAAACGAUAAACAAUGGCAGGGCGUAAAAUAUCCCAAACGUUCAAGAAAUACUGAUCCAGUCUUUCUUUUCUCAACUGCAGAAUUUGCAUUUUUAACUCGAGUAUCUCUAUUUCUUGCAACUCACCACCAAUGUCACCGCUGUUUUUGUCUAGUAAUCGGUAAAAACACUCUCUAACAAGUGCAACGAACAAAUCCCUUAUUUGAGAUUAAAGCUAUUCACUGCGUGAAAUGAGUCGUGUCAUGGUCCCGAUAUUAGUCGAUACGAACCCGUAUUCUUGAGAAAAACGGAAGUAUGGAGAGGUAUCGGGUUCCGGACACGCAGCAAAUACAUCGAGUAUCAGGACCCGUAUUUUUCCUGAAUCGAACUUUUUCCGCGGCAUGGAAUAUCCGAUAUCCGGACACAUCAUUGAAACGCGGCGUGUCAAGACCUGUAAACGUCCUUAUUUUUCUAGAUUUGCCAAGAAUCAUGGAGUGCCGUUGAUGAACGCCACACUUUUUGCCUCUCAUUUUCACUAAAAUUCCACGCUACGGAUUGUGUUAUCCUAAUAUAUACUCCAAAAUAUCUCUAUUUCUUGCAACUCACCACCAAUGCCACCGCUAUUUUUGUCUAGUAAUCGGUAAAAACACUCUCUAAUAAGUGCAACGAACAAAUCCCUUAUUUGAAAUUUUAAAAAGCUAUUUUGACUCCAUUUAUCAUCAUGAAAAUGUAUAUGUCACAGUGACUAGUGUGAUAAUUUUAAUUUGCACUUCACUGUGUCCUGAAAAGCUGAAAAAUCCGCAAAGGCAAGUUGAAGAAACAAUCAACCCCAAUAAUUUGAACUGUUUUUCGUUUCCCUACAGAGUUCGGGUUAUCAGGGUUCUACUGUAUUCAUUAUUUAAUGAUAAUAAUAAUAAUACUAAUAAUAAUAAUAAUAAUAACAACAACAACAAUAACAAUAAUAACAAUGUAGCUAUCUUCCAAAGAGCCACACCGAUACAUCUUAGAUUGCGACAAUAUUAAUGUAGCUGAGUAGGUCCCAAACCCGCUUGAACCAAAAACACUGUGAUCGUCACUUCGAUUAACAAACAAGACAAAACAAAGAUGAAAACAUUUUAAAAUUUUAACACAAAAAUUACUGAAAAUCAAUUAACAUUUCAUUUAUCACCUCAAACAAUUUCUGCAGAUUUUGUCCGCAACUGGUCAUACAAAUAUUUGUUUUGAAUGCCAACGUCUAACCACAAUUGUCAGUGCGGAUAUCAGUGCGGAUAAAGGUUGAGAUCCGCCUCGAUUAUCAUGCAGUGUUUUAUAAUUCUUUUCCAAAGUUUUAGUGCUCACUCAUUGUCCAUGGGCCUGUUUCUCGAAACAGAAACAUUUUUGUUUUCUGACCACAAGAAACCAAGAGAGUGGUCGCCGACGAACUGUCGUCAGCCAACGAGACAUUUUUGUCUCCUUUUCAAAGGAACUUUGCCCUGAUUGACUAGUUUGUAUAGGCGGCUAUUUUGAUUUCUGGCAAUUGAUUGGCUCAGACCAGCUGUCCUAUUUUUCUUAAAAUAGGACAGUUUGCCUACUCAUAAAGAAAAGUCCUGUCUGAAACUAUCCAGAUUAAUCCUUAUUUGGACAGUGGAUAAUACCUUUGCUGACAAUAUCGGAUUAAUUACCUUUUGUGCUUUUAGUUCCACCGGAAGCCGACUUGAAGGUGCAAAAUAUAGAAGUCGGCGAAUUUGUACCAGAAAAAGGAAAUGGCACAUUCUCGGUGAGAUUUUCGUGGUCGGGACCAGUGUUCAACUAUACUCUUUAUGGCUAUCACCUUAACUACGAGCUGAUAGGAUACAAAAAGCGUGCAAUAAAGAUCAGAGAAAACAGGGUAUGAAACUUUAUUGAGUUCAAUCAGUCAUUAAGUUAAAUCCUGAAAACAAUAUAAAUUGCUCCGAGCUUUUCUAAAAACCCUGUUUAGACCGUGGGGAGCUUUAAGGAUUCACUCAAUUAAAUAGGAAUAUAACUUUUUUAACCGUUCCAUACGGCAAAGUCAAGCUUCUAUUUUUUCUGGUUAGCCGAUAGUUUAGCCAUGAUUAUUUCUCAGACCAUAAUGGUUGAUUCUGUCCCGCCUUUGUUUUCAGACGAACCCAGGGCUGUACUUAUCUGAGAUAAGACCAAAGGAGACGGUUAGAUUAAAGGUACGAUUAGCGAAUAAACUAAGAUCACCUCAGAUACAAGCGGGACCGAUAUCAUUGAGAUAUACGUCUUGUAGAAUAGUAGAGAUGUUUUAUUUCCUUUGGGGGGAAGGGGGCAGGAAUCUCAUUUAGGAAGGCAGAAAUUCAUUAACGUCUAUUACGUCAUAGUGUUUAGCUCAUGAAUGAAAUGCGAAUCUCAUUUAGAAUGUACUAGUUUUAGGUUGUUUAGCUCUUUGGACAAGUUCUUUUUUUUGCUAGGUCGAUAAAUGGCUUGUUUUCUAAUUGCUUGACUAAAACCUGAAUAAAGUAUUCAUAUGUUGAUUUAUUUUGUCGACUGAGGAGUAAGCACUAACUCGCACUCCACCACCAGAUUUCUAUUGUUUUAUCAUUGCACCACCAUUACCGCCACAGUAUUUUAUUGUUUUAAUAUCGGCACCACCACCACGUCUCUUUUGUUUUACCAAGACCACCGCCACCGCCACCACAUUUUUAUCGCCUUUCCAUCACCACCAUCACGUAAAUUGUUUUACCACAACCACCACCAAGGUAUUUCUAUGAAUUUACCACCACUACCAUUUUUUAUCACUUUUUAUCGUUUUAUUAUGACCACCACUGCCACCACCUUUUUAUUGUUUUCCAUCCACCGCACCGCCAUUGCCACCGCCACCGCCGCCCAUCACCACCAACUCUACAUAAUUUCUAUUUUUCCUUUUACAACCAUUGCCACCACCACUCAUAGCCGUGCAAUUUGUAGUAGCGAGACUUAAUUUCCUUAUUGACCCAACAACAAAGGGCACCUUGCAAGGAAAAAACGCUGAAGCAGAAAGCAUAUUGAAUACCUAUCAUUUUUGUACUUACAUGGAAACAUUUGUUAUAUUUCAGGUUACACCAAUGUAUGAAAACAAAAAUUUACCGAAAAUAGAAAAUGAAGUAAUGGGAACUGCACCAGGUUAGAUAAUAAGGACCUUAGGAAAGCAUUGAUUAGGUCUUGGGCAAACAAACCUGAACCUUGAAUGCAGUCUGGCCCUUUACCGUUAACUCGAACGAAACAAGUAAAGGACAAGUCAAGGGAAAGUCUUGGUCACGUGGCACGAACUUAAGUUUGCCGUAUGGGGAAAACGUGGUUAUAAAUGGGGACCUUGAGAUACACGCCAUUACCGUCAACGGGUGCCGGUUACCCUGGCACAAGUCCCGGGUAAUUGCCAUUUACAUGGGAGAGCGGGAAAAUCCGGUUAGGAAAUCAAAUGGUUUACGCUGUUCCGUUCUGUGAAGCAUUACAAAAGAUGGGCUCUAAUUUAUUUUAGGCGAAGCAAUCUUUUUUCUCUAUUUCGACAGUUCAGGUGAUUAGGAUAUACUUUGUGGCGCGGCGUUCCUUCCAUUGCGUCAAAUUCUAUAGUUUUAUGUUUAGGCACAAAAUUCCCGCCCCCUAGACUGCCAGUAGAAUGUUUGGUCCCCCCAAUAAUAGAAGUACGUGGUAAAUUGUCGCCUACCCGUACCUGUAAGCAGAGACGGUGUAUCUACUUGAGGCUCCUAAUCUCUCUAUUAUGUCUCCUCAACUUCCAACUCCAGUACAAUAUACCACUUACCCUAGCACCUAGAGCGGAGCUGUUAAAGGUUGUUGGACUGAAGAACAAGCAACUAGUUCCUGGUUCCUUUACCUCAUUCAGCGCUAUAGUAAGAUGGGAGAAACCACUUUUUACACAAAGUAGUAUCAGCUAUUACGUAUACAAUACUGCCAAGGAAAUGAAGAUUUCAAUUGUUAGAAAAGAACCAAAUAAGAAAAUUUGACAUUUUGACGGUACCGUAUGUAAUACAUUUAACUCUCGUCCAAACAGCGAAAACAUAGCGAUGAUAAAAUCAGUCAGAAUCUUUAAAAUUUUGGUUUCAUUUCAUCUUCGGGGAGUAGGUUAUCAGCGGACGGUCUGGUUACCAGUCUCCAAUCUGCUUUAGCGGUUAGCAGUGUACUGUGAGUUUCAAACGUCGAGCUCGUCGUGCGCGUUUAACCAUAAAGCAGCGACGAUUACUGAAUUUAACAUUUCUAUAUAAAUUUGAGCAGUACUCUCUACACUAGAAAAUAGAAGAAGGGGUUCAACUGUAUUUGUUGUUGCUCCUGACCUUUGGUGCGCAUGACAUUGAGAGAAUAUCACUAAAAAAAGACAACUGUUGGAAAGCCCUCAGAGACUACUUUGGAUUCCUGAACGACUGUUAAUUGCCGAAAUGUGCCUAAGGAAGAAAAUAAAACCAACUGGAAAAGAUUUCUUCCAGUUACUUACUUUUUUUGCUUGAAAAUAAUCCCUUUUCAUAAUUUGAUGAUGGGUCUCAGAAUAGAUUUUUUUCCGAAAACCUGAGCUAGGAUCAAAAUUAUGAGAUCUUUUUGUAGAAUUCGGUAAAUUUCGUUCAGUUGUAUUUGACCCCAACCGUCGAAAUUAAUACGUCGACUCAAACUGUGAAGUAAAUAAGGCUCAUAUGGAGUAUGGCUCGUAGCCUCAUCUCUCUUCAUUACCUAACCGAACCGCUUGAAUUGUGAGUAAUAUCAAUGUAUACUGUUGUUUAAGUCUUUCCUUUAGUUAGAUAACAGAUCAACGGCGAAUAUCUACUAAACAGCGUGCAUGUUCAGGAAUAUAGUAACUAUGGAAACUAGUCACCGAAGAGUAACCGUAACGCAAAGAAAUUAACACAUGGAAUGUCUUUUUAAUUGGUCUAUGUGUUAUGAGACCUUAGCCCUUUCCCUAAAGCUCUAAGACUAGUAUUAUGUACCCUUAUUGUAGCUUCGCUUAGUUUCCUAUAAUAGAAUAUUAAUCGACCUUUAUAAAUUGCAUCGCUUGCCUACCAAAGAGGAAUAUGACGUCUUGAUAACUUAAAGUGCUACUACGAUCAAAAUUUAAUGUCAAGUUUGUUACAAAAACGCUUUCUUUUCAGCUUAUCAUAAGUGGCUGUACCUGUUUCGGUCAUUGAAGUGAACUUUGGCGCCCUCUAAGUGAAAAUAUUGAGCUUGAAAAUGUAGGUUCUUCGCGUCCGCCAUUACAAAUUUAUGUUCCAGUGACAAAGCUAUUGUUCUCUGAUUGUGACGUCAUUUUCUGAACGCGCAAAGAAAACAAACCUGAACCGUGAGAAAACAGCGAGCGAUUCUCAAAGCUUCGCUCGUCUUCGCCCGAUUCUGGAAUUGUGAAGGAGGAAAUCAUAGAUUACGAUGACUCUGUAGAACCAGCACCGACUGAAUAUGAGAAAGUCAAAUACUAAGGGCGGUUAGCUUCAGAGAAGGAAAAAAACACACUUCACCAAGUCGUAUUUUAUGCAGUUUGUGCCGACGGAGAUUCGGACUACUGGUAGGUGUAUUUGUAUAUGUACUAGCUAUAAUAAUAAUACACAGGCAAGACGAUCGAGAGUCCGCACCAAUUUCACCUGCCUUCUAGCCACUCUAGAGUGUUCAUUUAUCCAAGUGUAGAUAAAGUUUUGCUUUAUAGCUCUUCAGGCACAGCGAAUCAGAGUGGGUACAGUUUUCUGUUCCGCUAAGUUUCAGUUCUAAAGCAGCCAGCUCGUUGUCAUAUGCAUGUGUUUUUUUUACCAUCCUAAACGAACUGCUGUCCUUUAUUAUUGAAAAUUUAAUUGUUACUUUAGUGUUGCGUAUCUGAGCUGAGGAUUUUAGAUCUAAUGUUAAGUUCUCUUUGUCAGAAAAGUUAAUUUACUCAUUUUCAAUACAAAUAGAUAAAUAAGGGGAUCGCUCGCUCUUGAUUUGGUAUAUCAAUUUAAUAAUUUUCAGUGCUGACAUUAAAGACUGUCACAUUCUUUGUAGCUCAUGUUUUUUUGAAAAGGCUGUGUCUGCCUAUGCCUUCCCUAUCGAUUGACUGCAGAUCAUUAUUGCAAGUUAUAAAUUGCAACGCUAAUAAAAAUUCAGAGAUUUCUCCUCAUCCAACUAUUGUCAAUGAUAUCCCCUCAUAACUUUUAUAGAUAACUUUAUGAAAUUGUUGUAUGUGACGUUUUUUAAAAUUUAUUUAUUAUUCAAACCCAGGUGUGCAUUUUUUGGAUGCUCUACUGAGACCAGCUUUGAAGCUUUAAUUUGGCUAGACAAGAAAAUAUAUACAGUGGAAGGGUUAAUACAGACAUGUUAUGAUGUCUAUAUUAUCUGGGUGUCCAUAUUAAGUUAGCUCUCUGGAAAAAAGUGACAGACACGUGAUUUAUUUGAUAUAUAGCAUAAAGGAACAAGGAGGAAGAAAGGUAGGAACAAUGACUGUAGCAAAAAGCCAAGGACGUGAAACUUGUUGAGCAGGAGGCAGAAAAUUUACCAAAGGACUACAAACAGGGGAAGAAAGAAAGAUGUAUCAAAGUCAAAUGUGUCAUGCUAUUUGGCUGCAGAUGUUUUGGUAAUAAAAUCUUAUUAACCCAUGAACUUGGUACAAUGUCUACAAUUGGCACAUCAUUAUGACAAGAAAAAUAGAAAGUGCCAGGGUAACCAGUGUCUCUAAAGCUGGAUUAAGAAUAUAUAGGAAUUUUUGACUUGAAACACAGAAAAGUGGUUGUUGUCCAGAUUAACUACUGUGCGUACUAAGCCGGUUAAUGUUAAAGAAAAAAUGUAUGCUUUUCCUCAGGACAAACAAAACUGCCUGUUAUAUAUGGGUGUCCAAUUAAGUGGGUGUCUGUAGAUCAUAGAGUACUGGGUUAUCACUGCAUUAAUAAAUUAUUAUUAUUUUGCAACUAACUUUAUGUAUUGAAAAACUAAAUGGUUCAGUACAUCACUAGGUUGCACGAUUCUGCUGAUAACACAGUGUGCCAUAAAUUCACUGCCUCUAGGAAGAAGUGUUACACAGUGGAAAUUAUGUUCAUCAUGGAGGCCCAUCCUUGAUUGUGCUCUGUGGGUUUUUCUUGCUGGGUUUUUCCAUUGUAAAAUAUUAUUAGAAACUAGUAUUUUUAAGAGUUAAAACCCCUAAGAGGGCCUGGGAAGCGGGCUGGUGACCACCUACAUUGAGGUGGGGGGAGAGCAAAUUUGGCUGUUCUCUCUUUGUGGCUGUUUAGAACUGUCAGAUUACUGAACCUUUCUUUAGUCAUUGUUGAGCAGAGUCAUGUUCAUAAAUUUCAAGCCGCUGAAAAGUACCUUUCUCCUGCUGAGCGUGAUUGCACAUGCUAAAUCCACCAUUAGAAGUUUGCAGAUCAUGAUAUUACACUGUAGGUUCCUGUAAUGCCUUCAUUUUGUCUAGCAUGUCAUUGAAAUGUGCCAGAGACCACAUCAUCAGCUGAUAUAAUUCAUUUUAAGAAACCGUAGUUCAUGGAGUAGUCUUCAGAUUUAAUCAAGAACCUUCAUCAAAAAAGACUAUUCCGCAUUGUUGCAAAUGCUACAUAGCUUUGCUGGUUUGAAAAUGCAAAAAUCUAGGACGAUUGACUUUUCAAAGGCUUACCGCGCAUCAGACUGAUGGUAUCAAAACAGACCAAUAAUAAAUUUAGAUGCUGGAAGAUUCUUAUUCCAACAAAGAUACUAUUCAUAUGAAAAUGUGUAUUACAAUGGAACCUCUAUAACUAAGUCCUCGGUCUAACAAACUAUUUUUUUUACUCCAGUAAUAGUAAAAUAUAAGGCAAAAACACUUUUUGCCAGUCCCUUGGCCCUUCGUUAUAUCAAGGUUCCACUGUACUUAAUUUUAUUUAUUUUUCAAAAAGUGGGGAAGCCCCUUUGCCCUGCGUGGGCCCUGCCCUAGCUUGGCUCAGGCUAGAUAAUACCCCCAAAAUAGACUAUGCUAAAUCAGGCAACAAAGAACAAUAAAAUUGCAGCCUUUAAACAGUAUUACAGCCCUUGGCUUCUUUAUUGUAAUCACUGGUAUGACUAAAAAAUAAUGGAUUUGUAUAUUGCACACGGUACGUAAGACCUAAACUUGUCCUCCAGGUUCUUAGCUGGGGCCUCACAUUUAUCUUGUGAUCAACAAGUGUGCAGAUCAAUUGUUACAGUAGGGUGGACAGUGCCUUUGUAUGUGGUAAGGGGUCAUGAAGCUUCCUCAUUUAUAGGAAUAACAUUAGUCUAUCCCAUAUUAAAAGAUACACCAAGGUUUUUUGAAGUAGCAAGGCUGUGCUCUAAGAAAAAUUGAAAGGAGCCCAGUGCUCCGGACCUGUGAAAUCCUGGGUGCACAGCACAUGAUUUCUAUGAAAAAAUUUCCUAGUUGCCCCGGAACAAUAGUCAAGCACCACGGGCCAACUGGGUGCUGGUAGAGCACAACCUCGAGUAGUGAAACAUAAACCAGCAGUGAUGAGCAGGGGCCAUGAAACUCUCUCAUACAUGUACAUAACCCUCAGUUGCAGUAAAUAUUUCAGUGACCAAGCCUUGGUGAUUAUUCAUUUUUAACUUGCAAUCUGUCAGUCACAUCACUUCAGUGAUUCAGUGCAUGAGUGCCCCUGUGUUGGAGUUUACAUCUCAAAUUAUGAUAUACUAUAAUUAUAAUUAUUAUAAGUAUUCAAUGCGAGAUUGCAAAACUUUUCGUUUUUCACUCAAAAGAAUAACAAUACACAACAUUCAAGAUAGGAUCACAAGUUUGUUUUCAAGACCACAUCAGUAAAUGGUAAUAAUUCUUGCUGUAUUUUACAAAAUUGCAAAAACAGUUUUUGCAAUAAACUUGUGUGGGCUCUCUUGCUUUAGCUUGUGGUUUGAACUGACAAUGUGUCUGUGCAGUUUAAAUCAGGCUCUGAGUUUUGGGAAUACUAAAAUUGAAAAAAGCAUACCUUUAAUUUGUUUAGUGAGGGUUAUGGCGACCAGCAUGUUGGAAAUACUAAGGAAUUUACUGUAUAUUAAAAUAUCAUACCAUUCAGAUUGCACCUUGAUCCUGAUAGAUUUUAAUACUUUAUAAUAAAAAUUUACAAAUAGAGUUUUAAAGCUUUUUAUAAAAGCUCAAAGGAAUGUUAAUAGUGGUAACAGAAAAAAUAGCACACAACAAGAGCAAGGUGUGAGCGAUAAUAGUGUUUACAAAACUAGAGGGCUCUCUGUGAUCUGUUGCCUUAGGACAAAUCUUUUUGAAAGUUUCCUAAAAGUUUCGUUGUCGUCGCGUUCCAGUCGAAGAAAGGUCUAAGAAAAAAAUUUAUCUUCGAUGACUUCGCCAGUAGUAAAAGCAAAAAUCACCACCGGCGAUAUAAAUAAACUUAGCGUUGGGGACAUUCACUGCAAGUUUUGCGAACUAAAGCUUACCUCCAUGCGCUCCCUCUUUAUGCGAAGAUUUCUUUCCGGAUUCAAGAUCUGUCGAUUGAUCUUUCUUUCAUAUGCUAGCAAACGAUCCAAGUUUAAUUUUCCGCCACUGGUUUGCGUUGAAAGCCCCGUAAAUGCUAUUGCAGCACUCUUCGAAGUUAUCAAACCAAGAAGACAGCGAAACUGUCAGCUGGAAACAAACCUAUUCCUCGAAUCUCACAUUCAGUUGGUCAGACUCGAGUGCAGUUCAAUUCUAUCGAUUGAAGCGGUUGCUGCACACAUACGGAGCCUAAUGUAGUAAGAUCGAAAGAGUCUUCCUAAACAAGAACGCAUCGAAGUGGGAGGAAAGGGAACAUUAUAUUGUUGAGCAGGGUUCUUGGAAGAAAAUUGUCACACUGUGUGUACUGCGUUAAGUAAAUGACGUCACAAAGCAAUUGCCUUGUGUUCUUGGUAACCAGGCCACAGGAACAUAGCGUUUUAAUGGCGGACGAAAAUUAAUGGUUUUUGAGCGCCAAAAAAUACCACUUUCCUUAAUCGUAUGAAGCUAUAACUUGCACACCAUGUACUUCAAGUCCUAAACUGCCAAUCUAGCGAAAAAAAAUGGUAGUCAAAGAUUUGAUCGUAGUAGCACUUUAAAUUCCAACGUUAGUGAUACUCUAUGUUAUUUUAUCACCAGAAAAGAAGGCAGAACGGGUCAUUAGGGGAAUGGAUUUCAUUUUUACACCUGGUGCAAUUACUGGGCUUGUGAUUGGUUUUCUGCUCGCGGCCCUUAUUUGCAUGAUCUUUAUUUGGCGUCGCUGGAGAAAACAGAAGAUUUUAAGGAAACAAGGUCUCAUUCCAGGGUAAAAAAAUACUUUGUCCUCGCUGUAAAUCAGAAAGAUCUGUUUUGCUCUAAAAAUGGGGGAAAGCUUUUUGAUCGGGCUGGUUUGGCUUAAAUUGUGCUCAAAUGGCUCCAAGAGGGCCGAGCUGAAUCAGACACUGGCCUGUAGAGCUGAACUGACACUUUUGGGCGGAAGCAGAUCUUUUUAAUCUUCAAUGUUUAUAACCUAAAUUAGACGCGAGGAAAUGAGUCGGAGAAAAUCGAAGGACAAUAAAAUUAUGAAAUUAAGAUUGUUCAAAAGUAAUACUGCAUUGGCAUAAUGCGAAAGCUUCCGUUGAGCUAUAGUUAAUUGGUGACUGAGUUCUUAUAUAAAUAUGAGCAAAACAUUUUGUCACUUAAACCAUACAGCUCAAGAUUUAAUGAUAGACCCUUUAGCUUCAGAAUCAUUGAUUCAUAAUUUUUGUCUUGUACAAUUAUGCAACGAUAAAAGUUGAAUUAAAAGGCACACGUAUGUUUAUGGUAUAUGUUAUGAAAUUUAAUCGAAAAAUUAAUUGAGACCUCUUUAUAAUAUUUGUGGUCUCAAUAAAUUUUUCGAGCCAACAACUGGAUUAGUAAAAGGGGUUGUUAACGCUUUCAGUGGUCACCAAUUAUGACCUUUAUAACUUUUUUAACAUUUCAGUACAACAGCAAAUUCUUACCUCCUUAUUUUUUUACAGGAAAAACGGUGUGAUAAUUGAUCACUGGGAGGUAGAUGGAGACCUUGUUACCCUUGAGAAUGAGAUCGGAGAGGGAGCUUUUGGUAAAGUUUUCAAGGGAACUCUAAUCAAACCCACCAGCUCUUCACCCCAGAAGUUUUGUUUGAAGCCGUGGAGGAAAACUGCUAAAACUAUCAAUGGAAGUGAAACAUACGUGGUUGCAGUAAAAAUGCUUCAUAGUGAGUACCUGUUGUUUCUGCUACUAAAAAUAGAUAUCUUGUAACCUUCUUGAAAAGAAUUGAAUAGAAAAAAUUCACUUUUAUUCUAAUAAUUACGUUUCUCAGGCUUUAAACGCGGCUUCAGCUCUGCCUGAUGUAAAAGUCUCGCUGCUAAAACCAGACCCGAACCAAGCCAAAGAAAGACAUUUUAUUAUUAUAAUUGUUAAUACUUAGUUUUCUUUUUGUUUUAGACAUGCCAGAUGAAAGUGUACGGCAAGACUUUCUCGACGAAAUUCAGUUGAUGAAGGCGGUGGGGUCACACAAGAAUAUUGUCAGCAUGGUCGGCUGCUGCACUCUCGAGGAGCCUAUGUUUUUGUUAGUUGAAUAUGCCCCGUACGGUGAUCUCCUACACUACCUCAGAAAACAUAGGAAAACGGUAUUUAUCCCCUUAAAUACUUACAUGGAUACUUUAUUAUACUCCGUCCCUAAUCAGGGCAUUUCAGAAGUACAGACAAACGCAUUUUAUAACUGUCUUAAAACCAAUUAAAAUAUGAAUGACAUUAGAACUAAAAUAUUUACAAGCUAGUCUCUAUUAGUAUAUACUAAAACAAUGGAUAGUGUUUUCCGCGCGCUCUGAUUGGCUACUCAAUCAGUGAAUAUCCUGCACUAUUCACUGAUUCACCUCCAGUUCCUCCGAGCGAGCGACGCCAAACUCGCGUAAGUUGCGAGCAAAAUGCCUUCCCGGUUUGCUGCCGUAAACAAACAAAGAAAUUUCACAACUAAUCAAGCAAGCUGUUUCCGAAAUACACGAAGAAGGUGACGAAGCUCGGAUUGGAAGUUUAAACAGGUAAAGCUUUGUCUUUUUGACACGAAUUUAUCGAUAAAACCGGUGAAAAAGUUUUUUGUUUACAAAUGCAAAUUAAGUUUAAGCCUUGCGUUACUUUAUUUAGUUGAAUUGUUCAUAAAUAAGCUCAAAACUAAAUUUAAUAAUCUUUUGUUAUAGAAUGAUUUUAAAUACAAAAAGAAUUCACAACUCCUUUUGAAGAAAUUUCCCCGCAAGAGCUAAACAAAUGCCUUCAAAAGUUUUAAUUGUCGGCAAGAAAAAGCGACGGCGGCGGCCGCCCGGUCAUUACGCGCCAAAAUUGUAAUCGUUGGCAACAGUGCUUGAGUUAAAAAUCAUUAUUUUUGUGCUCAAUUAUCUCACUGUUUUAGUAUAUACUAAAACAAUUGUCGGUGGCUAGUGUCGGUGGCUAGCCACUCAGUGUCGGUGGCUAGUCGUGGAUAUUUACCUCACUGCUUAGCAGUUCGGUAAAUUUCCACCACGACUAGCCACCUCCACUUGGGUGAAUAAUUGUUAUUUAUGCAUAUGCAUUACACACGUAUUGUAAAGAAUUAUUGUAAUGCUAAUUAUUAAGAAAUUCUUCAAGCAGCUUUUUCGCAGCAGUGCAAGCUUAAAAGUUUUAUCGUCUUAGCAAAGUUUGAUCGAGCCUUAGGGCGGCAUUCUGAAAUGAACGUUUACCAGUAUUUGUUUUAAAGAUCAAAUGAACCAAAAUUUCGACCUUUUUUAUUUUAGUUCAAUUCUAGUGAAACGUGUUUAAUAUGAACCAAAUAAACAUACUGUGAAGUUUCAGCUCAAUUGAAGCAAGUAUCUCCAAGAUAUUCGCAAUUAAAAAUUACUGUUUUUUGGCCCUUAUCUUCGUAGAGCGGUCGGAAAAAAACAGCUUGUGACGUCAAUGUUGGUCAGGUGAAAAAAAGCGGGAAAUUCAAAACAGAAUUUUUCGAGUCGACUUGGCGCAGAAGUGGUUUGUGCGGCCAUAAACCUGGAAAGAACAGGCAAUUUGUCUUCAAAAGUUGCAAGCUGUGGUUAUAACCUUCUUAUUAUUUAAUUUUCGCGAAGAAUACAUCAUAGUAAAACGGACUUUAACGACAUUUACUAAUUUCCUUGAGUUGUCGUGGAAAUGUGCGUGCGUAAGGGUCCGAUUUUUUUCAAGAUGCAUUCACAAAAUGUGUUCAUAUAAGGAAGUUCCUGGAUAUAUAAGGUCCGGAGCUCCACCGUGGACACAAAAACAAAAUAUGUUUGUAUAAUAAUCUGUCCAAAGAAAUUCAAGUUUGCCCACAAUGUGUUUGAAGUCACUGAACUUUGUCGCACUCGAGCCGAUAUUUUAAAACCCACGCUCGAUCGGACCAGGAUCGGACACUUCUAGCUUCGCAGAUCACUAAAAUGUAAACAAAUCCUCAAUGUAGAAGUUUUGGCGUUGAUAUGUCGGCAGAAAAAGAGUUAAUCUUUAUCUAGUAAAUCUUCCCCAAGAUCGUUUUCAAAGCAACCAUAGUUUUUUAAAGUUGAUGGUUUCGCGCAGAUUAAUUUUGCUUUGUGUUGUCAAGUUGAACAUGCAUAAAACCUGUUAGAAACCUACGCGUAAGUAAGAUUUCCUUCAAACAAAGUUAAGUUAAAGUUACAUUAUUGCAAAAACUUCUUUCCAGUUAUGUAUACCGAUUGAGGUCACUUUAAGGACCAUAGACGGCACUUUAAACUGGCAAAGAGAUGCGACAAGCAAAGAACAAUUCCAUCAUGCAUAAAAUUCAGCUUAAGUGAAGCAAAAAAAAACUUCAAUAAGGUUGCAAAGCAGCAAAUUUUCAUUAAAAAAACAUAAGGCUUAAGGCUCCUAUACCUGCUGACAAAGAAGAAGUGAAUUUUCUGUACGGAAACAACCUACCUAAAGAUCUUAAAAGCAAAAGAUCAGUUACAAGCUUCGCAGCCAAGCCAUGAUUCCGACUACUUAGCUAGAUUAGCUAUUUUGUUUAGUAAUACUGGUCCAUACGAGGGUCUUCGUUCAAGCAAAUUAAACUCGACAAACUGAAUCAUUAGAAAAUACAGAAAACUGCACAUAAGGAUUUGCUUUGCUCGCUUCAGUCAAAACCAGCUCCAGUUACGGGCAAAGAGUCGAUUGUUUUGGAGUCACUGCCGGCAGUUGUCGUUCUCCGCUACUUCACAGCGAGUGAAAGGAAAAUUUGCGUACAGAAAGAUAACAAAACUAUGUUAUUAAAACUGAAAAAACUAAAGGAAAAAAACUCUGACUAUUAUUACUUGAGCAACAGAAAAAUGAUCGAAGUAGUCGUUUCUUCUCGAGUAAGCUUGCUGGCCUUCUAAAGUUCCGAGGACGUUUUAAGAGUGAUUUUCUGUAAGAUUCGAACUUUCGCCUGACACGGCAUCUCAUAGAUUUGGCUGAUUUUUGGCAUGAAGUCUUAGAAUGGUGCCCUAAAUACUGAAUGCAUAUUCUUUGGUUUGAAUUCUCUUUCCUUUGGAAGAUACAGAAAUGACGGUUUGACGGGGCUUCCGGAGGGCCGCCAUAUUGGCCGAUUUAGGGAGUUUUUAAAGCAUUUAUUUCGGCCUUGGCAUAGAAUUAAAUUGUCCAUAACUCGUACAGCUAAAAAGAACUAUCCUUUAACUUUGUAUUUACGUACAUUUAAUUGAAAACGGUUCAGCAUGAGCUUGGAACGGUUGAAUUGUCUUACUACAUAUUUUCGGUACUCGGAAUGCAGACAAAUUUAGUAGAAAUUGAAAAGUAUAUAUCACCCAUGCCACAUCGAAUUAGAACAAACCACCUUACCUGAAUGGAGUUUGUUUAUAGGCAAGUUAGACCGAUGAAUAAAAAAAUUGGGCAAAUGCCAUGGAGAAGAAAUAUGUUAACAUCAAUGUGCAAUGAUUUCAGCCCGGCCAUUGCCCGAGUUUGCCCUCAGUGACAUUUACAAAGCAAAUCGGUGAAUUUUGCUCGAAAACUUCUUUAAUGAAUCUUGCCUCGUCCAGGUUAUUAUCUAACGCGAAAUAAAACUUCACUUUUUAUGGAAAAGAAUGGUGAGUCUUUCCCGAUUUUGCGUCUGUAUUUUGCGAAUAUAAAUAUUACACACGUUUGAUUCACUCACACGCAGUCAUGUCAUGCUUCAUCAUGUCCGCACUAGUUCAACAUUAUUUCCCACUAUAUCAUACUGUUUGCAGUCAAAUACAUAUAAUAACCAAUUUCGUCUGCAAAUAAAGGUAACACAACCUUUGCAAAAUUUUAGCAAACGCUAACUAGAUUCAACAAUGUAUAAAUACGGCUUUAUGCAAAUUCCUGCACAGUGUUCGGUACGAGGAACAAUUUUCUAAAGCGGCUCUUCCCCUUCUAGUAUAUUUUUCCCGCCACUGGACUUAAAGUGUAAUCAGUGAAAAGGAUUCUACUAAGUGGUAUGAGAUUUAAAAAAAAAAACCAGCUUAUUAAGUCAACUUACGUGAUGGUAACAUCAGCACUGUAUGAAAGUCCGUAAGUUAUUGCGCACGACGAAACAAUGAUAUCUUGGGAGAAAGAAAUGCACGCUGGAACGCAAGCAGGAAUGAACAUCCUUUAUCAGAUGUCAACGUCUUCGUGGGCUGUCAGCUCUUCCCGUGCUUUCAGUUUGGAAAGAAGGUAAGUGAUUGUUUUUUCUCUAACAAUGACAUUCAAUUUCCCUUAAUUUUCGACAAAUCCGGUUAUUUUAUAUCAACCUGGAAUUCCAGAAAAUCACAAGUCAUCUUUUUCAACGAGGAAGUGCUGUCACCGGUUACGGUGAAAUUUCACUUACGGGGGUUUUCAUUAACGGUGUGAGAUUAACUACAAGCCAAGUGAAAUGCAUGUUUAACCAAGUUUAUUCCUUAACAGAAAUAUGGUCAGAUGUGGGUAUGCUAAAUUUGUUAACGGGGUGGCUUGUGGAGUAACUAUUGCAUCAAGCGAGUGCUUGACGUUAAAGCAGUGUUCCAGAAACAUCAAACCCCAUUUAAGAGGACUGAAAGUGGUGGAUAAAAAUCUAAAGGACGAGAUACAGUUACUUUUGGGGCGAGCAGGUAAGGAAUGAAUAUUUUAUUUUGAUAUAGUUAAGUACAUGACUGAAAAAUUUUAACACAAAAUUGGCACGAGUCGAGCUAGCCCGGGGCGAGCGUAAUUUGGCGCGAACAUUCUAGGCGGGAAAAUCACACCUUUCCAGGAGUAGCUGUUGUCAAAAAGAAAUGAUUUUACAAGUCUUGCGGAAUAUUUAGAGGCUAACUUUUACGAGUUUCUUCUGGUAAACGCCACGUGACUUAUGUUCUGAUCUUUUUAAAAUCGGCGCACAGCGGCAAAAAUGUUAUUCCGGACUUGAGAGCCUUGGGUGCUCUUUGGCUGCGCGGUACCUCCCAUGCGACACUACGGUUUAGUAUGGAGGGAUUUGUUGCGAUUCUUAUUCCUGGUAUACAAUGUUUGCGCUAGGCACUACGCAACCUAAAGUAUAGUAGUGCCCAUACCUAGCUAGUAAGUUUGAGCGUGAGAAAAUAAGAAUGAUCGGGUGGAAGAAGGCGGUGGGGGGGGGGGGGGAGGGGUGGAGGGCAACCAAAAAAUCUUUCCGAGAGCACGCCAGCAGAUUAGCAUUUCUCGUUCUAAUUUUCAAAAGUGAUCUGCAAAACCAUUUUGAACAACCUAAUCUUCACCAACCGAUUCCGUGGGUUAAUAUAUUUAUAUAUUCUUUUUACUAUAUUUUGUAGGUUUGUUUUCCUCAGAGGUAGAAGCUGAGAAAAUAACAAUCUGUCCCCGGCAUCGCGAUGUGUAUGGAACUCGGUGGAAGUGCAACAAAAGACGAUGUGUUAUUCCCAGCGUCAUUAGCGGUCAUACCGGUAUACCACCUCCAAAAGGUGACCGAGGAGUCACCUUUUUACAAGCAGAAUCGAUAUUCAGUGUUUUGGGGGUACUAGUACCAAUCGGAGUACGUAAGUAUCACUAAAUAUAAGUAAAAUUCUCAGUCAACGAUACUUUAAGUACGCUAAGUUACUGCUUUAAGUUCGCUACGAUCAUUACGAUCGUCAACGGCGCCCACCUUUAUUCAGUGAUUAAAGCUACAUUUCUGUGAUAAAACUGGCCUCUUCAUUGAAAUACUAGCUGGCUUUAUUAGUAACUGUUCUAACAUCUUGUUAAGUCAUGAAGUCAAUCCAAGGGUCUGGUACUUUAGAGCAAUCGUCCUUUCUUUGCCACGUUUCGCUGUCGUUCGAUUCCUCUUCAGUCAUCUACGUACGUUACUUCUACUCUUUUCUACCUUUCGCGGCCAACGAAAACCAAUUACAUGAAUUCUGAGGAUUAUGAUAUGAGCAGUUAUUUCGUUAUCGUUUAUUACGUUUGGAUCAAGUGUUUAAUUCUGGCUUAUAUUUGCCUAUUUUGAUAUUUGCUUUUUGUUUCUUUUUCUUAGCUAUUUGUCGACAGUGCAGAGACAAAGUAAAAAAAAUCUGUCAAGAAGAAAAACUAACAAAUUGUCAAGUAGACAGUUCUACAAAAAAAGUCCAAGAGAGAACAAGCAGUUUGCAUGCAACGAAACAGUGCUCUGAUUUAAGCAUCGACGAUUGCGAUAGAAAGGAAUGUGAAGGAAUUUAUAGUGAUGCUGAUGUUGAUGACGGCGUUAGGGAUCUUUCUAAAUUCCAUGCGGAUGGCAACAGCAUUGAGGGUAGCCUUUAUAGUUGUAGUAAAGGCGAUGACAUCUGCAAAGUUCAAGUGCCCGGUGGCGUUGGUGAUAGUGGUAGUAACGAUUGUUCGUGUAGCGAUGAUAAUUUUGGUUGCAAUAACGUUGGUGAUGAGAGAGAUGUUGGCGUUGAUAUUAAUAAUCAGGAAGAUGACGGCUGUGAUUAUGUUUGCACUCUGGCCGCUCCAAAUGACACUGUUAGUGGUCGGGAUGAUAAUGGUGAUAGUGGCGGAAAUAGUGGUGAUAAUGAUGUUUGUUGUGGAGACACUAGUGGGACCGAUUGUGGAUAUAAAGGCAACUCCCUGGUAAGCUACAUUUGUUUUUCAGGUAUCUGUUUCUAUACGAGCUACAUCUUACCAAUUUGAAAAGCAAUUGACUUUAACGAGUUGAAAAUUGAGAAAAUUUUAGCCUUUCUCCCCUGGUUACCAAUGAUUAAAAUUUCUAAAACUAAAACAACUUAUUAAUUAAAUUUGCAGGUUCUUUCACCCAUAGAAGCUGAGAGAAGAAAGUUACAAAAAGUCGAAAAAGAAAGAGUAAGUCUCGUUGCAGAUGCGAUGAGAUCGCAUGUGGUAGAAUUUAGAAAAACUCAGUUGAACGAAUUUCUUAAAAGUUCUGGCUUAGCUCCAGUUCGUAAGGUAGACAUGGGAUCACCAACAGCAGCAGAAAGAACAAGAAGAAGAAACAUAGCUGAAGCAUGCCAAGUUAUGGUUGCUGUUUUGCGAGUACUGUCACCAAAUUAUCCCUGUGAACUGUGGCUAAACGUAAAGGACUCUAACGACAUGUGUGAAGCUUUAGAAGUACGUAAAGAGGUUGCCUUAAGAGAAGAUGACGUGAAGUGUCUGCGAGCGCUUUCUGAAUCAUACAAUAACGCCACAAGUGCAAAUGUUAAACUGCAAAUUCUUUCUAUAAUGGCGGAUAUCACCACGUUGCAAGAAAUACGCAAUUACAUUCCAGGCCUAACAAAAUAUAUGUUUUGUCAAGCAAGACAACAUAUUUUAGUUUCUGGGCGAGGAGCUCCUGUAAUUGCAAAACAAAGCCCGAGAUGGAGAAUCGAUCUUAACCAGUUGGAUCACUUCUUGGAUUUUAUUACCAGUCCCUACAUCGUGCAGGAUUUACCAUUCGGUGAACGGUUUCUGAAAUUGUCGACUGGGGAAGUAGUGCAGACACCGAAUGUUAUCAGAGUAUCGGUCAGCGGACACAUCAUUGACCAAUACGUACAGUAUUGCAACGAAACAGAGGUGAAACCUCUAAGCAACAGCACAUUACGACGCAUUUUAUCCUCCUGUCAGGCAUCUACGCGAAAGUCCUUACAAGGUCUCGAUUACUUUGUUUGUGAGGGUAGCAAGGCCUUUGAUGACUUGGAACAACUCAUUGGGAACCUUGUUGACAGUGGGUUUGACGCACGUACAGCGCAAAACUUACAGAUGAAGUUAAAGGAGGGAAAGAAUUACGUUAAAACGGAUUUCAAAGUAAGAACCUAUGGUAAUAUAAUUAUUAAAUGUGUAAUUCCAGAAAAUGUCCAUACCCCCCCUCCCCCACGGAGGGCAACGGAAAGUCUGAAGGGAGGUGGGUCCAUAAGAUAGCAACUUUUGAGGGGGUGGGGGUGGCAAGCUACUAGUGAUUUUACUCUCAAUCGGUGUUCCAAAGCAAAUUUUUUUUGUCAUCGAUGAUCUUUUAUUUGCAGUCUGCUGAGUGCUUUUUUACAGCUUGUACGAUUUUAUAUAACAAUUGUCGUCGGCUCGUGAAUAAACGUCUGGUUAUCUAUGGGUUGCUUUGUUGCACAAUAUAUCGCGGUAUUCAAUAUAAUGUGGUCAUGGUGUAUUAAUAAGCUUUCUUCUAACACGUUUUUAACUGAAAAGAAGUAAUUGAAGUUCAUUGGUUUAAGAGAAGGGAGUAUGACAAACACCCCCUGAAAUAGAGAUUCCAGGGGGUGCGGGUCUAAAACAAAAGUGCCCUCGGUGAGGGUAUGGAUAUUUUUCUACCUACACAAUCUACCAUGGCUUUCGGCGCUCCUGAUUUGAAGAAGAGUGUACUUUAAAGCACACUGUUUAUAAUGACGAGUGGGAGUGAUACAGUGGGGAAAGUUUUUUUUUUAUUUUUUUUAUUGCGAAUUAUUUGCCAAUCCGAUCUGUCAAAUGAUGCGCUGUCAAAAAUAACAUUUUCGUCAUUGUUUAGUGUCUCUGUCAUAUUUUAUGUAUAUUCUCCAGAAUAGUCUGGUCUCGCUUAAUCUUGCUCUGAGACUAUCUUGCUUCUACAAUAGGUUCACGUUUCCAGCUCUUCGCGCGUGUCAGAUCACUGUAGCCAAUAUGCACUAAGUGACAGUAAAGAUCCUGCUUUUAGAGGUACCUGCACUCAAGAUCAUGACCUGAUAUGCAAUCGCUGUGAAGACCUUAAAGCUGUUCUGUCCGACACCCAAAAGUCAAUUCAGGAAUCCUGCUUCGAGUGCCAGUAUGAUAAGGAGGAUGCUCUUCACAGAUUUCAAGAAGCAACUCGAGCAAUUCAGCUCUGGAAGUCACACCAACUCAGACUUAUUAAUCAGGAUAAUGCCCGUAUAGACGUCAUUGAAUGCCUCGAUGACAGCAAAGUGCUCCUUGUACAAGACUGGGCUAUGAAAUUUCUCCCUCGUCAGUACCGAGAAUCCCAAGGAGAAUGGUUUGCGAAAAAAGGGAUCUCCUGGCACAUCACUGUAGCGAUCAGAAAGAAAGAGAGUGAACUUGAAACACAGGCGUUCGUGCAUGUAGUUGAGAAGUGUAUCCAGGACAGCCCUUGUGUUGUCCAGUUAAUGGAACAUGUUCUUUCUACUCUCAAGAGGGAACAUCCUGAGAUCAAAAGCGCCUUUUAUCGCCAAGACAAUGCAGGCUGCUACCGUGCAGCCAACACCAUCCUUGCCUGUAAAGACAUCAGCCAGCGAUCGGGAAUCUUCAUUCAACAAUUAGACUUCUCCGAUCCACAAGGAGGAAAGGGCGCUUGUGACCGUUUUGCAGCAACAAUGAAAAACCAUGUACGCUCUUUUGUUAACGAAGGUAACGACGUCCUUACAGCAGAGCAGUUUCUUUCUGCAUUUACCUCACGAGGUGGAGUGUCUGGAGCCCGAGUGUCUCUGGUACAAGGCAACAGUUCUAGUAAAACCAAUGUAAAGUGGCCAGGAAUCAGCAAGCUGAACAAUUUUGAGUUUAGCAGUGAUGGAGUGAGGGUAUGGCGAGCUUAUCAAGUUGGCGAAGGAAAGUUUUUCCCUUGGUCAGAAUUUGAAGGUACUUUUUAUCCUCUCUAUCUAUCUCUCUCACUAACUCUCCCUCUCCCCUACUGCUACUCUCCUCCACCCCCCCCCCCCAAAAAGACUUUGCUUCAAUCGUUUGAAAAUUGGUGUUUGGCUUUUUUUAUUACAGUGGGCACUGUUUGAUAUUAACUAUUUUAUGCUUCAGGAACGGAAUAUCCUAUCAGUUCAAUGACGAAUGCCACGUUUUCAAAUGGAGACUUUCGCCCCAUAAAAACCCGAAAAAAGAAACACGAAGUUCAGCAGGAGACGUUAGCCGACGUCGACAGUGAAGAAGAAGAAGAGGAGACUGAGGGGACCGCCUCUGGGAGAUUGUUUUCUUGUCCAAACGAAGGGUGCGUUCGUGUCUAUACCCGUUACGGAUCUAUGGUCAAUCAUGUUACCUACGGAAAAUGCGACUUCAGAGAAGAAAGAGAAUCUGUGAUGGACACUGCAAAGGUCUUGUACAGUAAAAAGCUUUGGGUCAGUGAUGGUCGUAUUUCAGCUACAGCAAACGUCCAUUGCAAUCAAGCAACAUCAAGCGGCUUACACCAGAACGAAGAAGAAGGCUGGGCACUGAAAUCGAUCAAGAAAAACAAACCUUUCAGUGACAAACAGAAAAAAUUCCUAGAAGAAAAGUUCAUGGUUGGCGAAACGACGGGAAGAAAGUUGGACCCUGUAACUGUAGCCAGAGAAAUGAAAACUGCUCGCCAAGAUGGUAACGGAGAGAGACUUUUUUCUUCUUCAGAAGUAUUGACCGCGACCCAGAUUCAAAGUUUUUUCUCUAGAAGGGCAAGAUGUGGGAGAUUUUCCGAAAAUGACCCAGAAAAUCAGGAAGCUGUCCAAGUGGAAGAAGAACUUGAAGACUUUCGGAGAGAUGUAAUAGAGCAAGUGCAACCCAGACAUCCAAUCAUGUAUGAUGUCCACAACUUGUGUGAUCUUGUAGCUUCAGGGAAACUAAAGAAACUCACAUUACCGAAGCUGAAGGAAAUCUGUAGCGCUUUUGAGCUGAAUCUUCCUGAGGAACGGAAGAAAGCCCCUUUUGUAGAUGCUUUGACCAAAUUAGUUAAGAAUUGCUCGUGUUGGUCCUCUUGAAUGACAAAUUGUAUCAAAUCUCCACAAAUGUGAUUAAGUCAAAGCAUAGCAGUCCCUUUACAUGUAAGUUGUGCAAUGAGGUUACAAUAAGCUUGGACUUAAGGGAGUACUCCUGUUUUUUGUUUUUUUUUGGAGAGGGAGGGGGGGGUGAGGGGUGAUAGAGGUAUAUACAUUUGCCAGUUAGUUCUCUAAUAGGCUCAGAGGCACCUUGUUGUAGUGGUGGGCUAUCUGGCAUUUGUCUUCUUAUUAUUCACUUCAUAUCUCAACAACCCUCAAAUCCUGUAUUUUCCAAUUUUCCUGAAAUGUUUAACACCCCCUCCCUCAAUUUUCAUACAUUAAAACCCUUCGAAAAGUUAUUCAAAAAUUUUUAACUUUUUGAACAUAGGAAUCUGAACGAUUAUUGAUUCAUUUUUUGAAUGAAUGAAAACCAGCACUUUAAACCAGAGCCCCCAUAGGCUACCUUGAAUCCAUUUUUAAUAAUCCUUUAUCUCGCGAGGAAAAAAGCGAAAAAAAAACAAAAGUUAGUUGAGGGGAGACUGGUGAGAAGGCCCUGCCGAGAAUCGGUUCGUGCUGUCUUGUCUGUGCUUUUCUUAGGCUAUUUAUGUUCACACUAUACCGAGUAUCUCUUCAUGCUGACACGAAAAGCUAUCUGGAAAAGUAUGAAUACCUAUCCGAUAUGUGACACUCCACUUUAUAAUUUGGCGCAGCAAAGCGCUUCGCUCCGUUACAGAAAUCGCGCUGAAAUCACUGUUCUAAUGCGUGAGCAAAAUUCCUAUCCAUAUUUUUAUCGUGUCGGCGCAAAAGGUAUCUAGUGUGAACAUAGCUUUAGCUUUAGGUGUGUAACAAGGUCCGGGCGUUCAGUGAGAGGGGCGCCCUUGGCUGAUUUUUGUCCUUACAUCUCUGUGUCGUCCCUCUAAUCUGAAAGCCUGGAACAGACUAUUUCAGGGUGAAAAAUUAGAAAGUAAUGGCAGUAACCACUUGUUAGGAAUGAGGCUACCAUCCAUAGUAAAAAAAAGUAGUUUAUGAUUUCUCGAUUGAUACAUGUAUUUUGUCGAACGACCCGUAACUGAUUGAUUAUGACAGGGUUGAGGAGAUUUCAGUACCUCUGGUAUCUACCUAGCUCAGUGAGGCUUCCUGAUCCAUAAAUAUGUAGGGGAGGGGUGUGUGAAGUAAAAGUAAAGAGAGCGUAACAACGUGCGGGAAACAAAGGUGUCGUUGCAAAGAUUAAAAAUAAAAGGUAAAGCAUCACAAAUUAUGUUACAUAACUUCAGGCCUUUUUUAAAAAUUUCUAUUUCAUGUAUCGAUGUUGACCUACCCCGAGUUGUCCUUGGGAGGGGGGGGGGGGGCGUGUUAGUAAUUUGGGGCGCAAGAAAAUCUGAGACUCUUUUCGUUGCUUUUGUAGGUUAAGUAAUGCAAUUUUUCACUAAGUAUAAAUGUCCAAAAUGAUUACAAAUAAUUUUUCUUGGAGAAUUGCUGAAAACCCUAACAUUUUCAUAAGAAACUUCGAGCCACGAUUUGGGCUGAACGAUCAAAAGAACUGUACCUUUGCCACGCCCAAUGUGUGAAAACCGGAAAUAGUGAUGUUCAUUUCAGACCCUAAAUAGUGAUGCUCAUUUCUUAGAGCGGGAGCGUCAAGAAUAUAGGAAAGGAAGUGUAGAGUUAAAGGAAAGUUGAUUCCCAUCUCACACCACAAGGCAAGUGGUUUUAUUUAGCUUUAAUAUCUUCAAAAACUAAUUAUCUGGCUUUGAUUUGAGCGUGAUAAUUGCGAGCAGUUGUUGUUAGGUGUUGUUGUUCCGGCUGCUCGAAAGCAGGAGUUGUAACGCCAUGCAAAACUCAGUUGAACGUGACUACCGACGUUUCGCAGAGAAAAUGCCGUUUUGAGAUAUCUCUGAAUGUGGAAAUUGUACAUCUUUAUAUAUUUUGUUUCAAUUUUUCUCCUUUGUGAUAUCUUUCAAAAGUUUUAGUUUUGGGAAAAUUACGAUUUAGUUCCCACGUGGGGACGGUACCCGUAAAUGCACAAGCAACACAUUUAUAUUUAUAGUUUACCAUUCCGCUGAUAAAAUCCGCCUUUUUGCAGUGUUUCUGACAGCAAUUCUGUCACUGCCAUUAAAGAGGCCAUUUUUGAUCUACUUUUUACUCAGAUUUGGACAGAAAUUCUUUUAUUUAUCACUAUUUUUGGCAACAUCAGUGAGCAUUUGUGUGUAAUUUAAUUAGCAAAGCGACUAGAACUUGCUGCCCAUUUAAUAAAUUUCUUUCUGUCGCGUUGCAUUUGCCCAAUUUUUUUAUUAACGAAUUCGAUUUGGCUACAAACAGUCAGUAUUUAGGCAAAGCAGCAAGUUUCAAUCCUGUGUGGCAAGGGAGAUAUACGCCUUUGGAAUGUUGGUAAUUUUGAGAGCAUAAAUUAUGCAAAAAGUGUGCACGACCGAAAGUUGAGCCAGUCUUAGCGAAAACGCUGCUAUGUACGGAGUAAACUUCAAAAUUAUAAUAAGGAAGGAUAGUUUUUGACAUGUAUCUCAUCAGUGAUAGAAUUGCUUCAAAGACAGGCUUGUAGUUGGAUUCGUAAAACCUCCUUCGAUUUAACCAAUAUGGCGCGGGGCCGAAGGUUCCCCAAAACGGUCAAGUUGGUAAUUUUCAAAGUAAGAAGAUUUAGAACCUAAAAGUAUUCAUUUCUUAUUUAAGACCCAAAACCAACUUUACAUGCUAAUUUUCAGCCAAUUCGGUGAGAUAGCGUGGCAGCGACUUUUCAAUAUAGUUCGAAUCUUACAGACAAUUGCUCUUAAGCGCUCAAGUUUGUUCACUCGCAAGCGUUAGCAUUACGGUUCUUUGACAUAAGACAAGGAUAAAUUAAGCUGGUUCUGCAAAGGUAAAUAAAUCUGGGCAUGUAAAAAAAACUAACCGUAACUACUAAUAACAGAAUACAAGCGGGUUUUAAUUCAGUCCGGCGAAAGAAAGCAAAGAAGUGGACACAAAAUCAAUUCACAAAUCGAAUGCACAAUUAUCAGAAAAAUACAAACCUCUUUGGAAAUGUUCAAAACGUUUUAUUCCUCCUCAGACUGACGGAUGAUCUGUUUUUACUCUAACAUUGGUUGUUCUGAAUCCAAAGUAAUUUUCAAGUGACGAAAAAACAACAAAAACAACAACAAAAGAAGCCUUUACAAGGAGCAAACGUUCAAACGUUCGCACCUCGUGAAUUUCAUUCAGUCUCAGUCAGAACUCUCACAGAAAGAGACAAACAAACGCAGGUGAUAAGGGAUGCGCAGAAGCUUGCGCGGAACAUUUUUCCGCCCUGAAAGACCAACAUUGACGUCACGUAGUCUCCAGUCUAUCACGCGGCCAUUUCAGAAACGUUUUCGUGAAGUUUUCGGAAAUGCUCGGAUUUUGAUCUUUUAUCCGUCUAUUAAGGCUUGGGAAGAAAAAUCUUUACCCAAAUCUCACUUAGGAUGGUUCUUUUUAGUGUUUGGUGAAGGUCAAGUGACAAAAGAAAAUAUGUCAAUUUUUUGGUUCAUUUGACCUUUAAGUAGCGGGAUAUCCAAUAACUAAGAACUCCUGGUUUGGCGGUGCAGACAUGCUGGAUCGUUUUACAAAACUAUCUGCUUUCCAUUUAAUGUUUUGAAGUGGCUUUGCCUAUAUGCCAGGGAAAAUCCGAGGUGAGGAGAGGGGAGGCGGUAAUUCCUCUUUCCUAAUUGACACAUCCUUGGCAGGUUCCUCAGUGUGAAAAACGUGGACGUUCCCAUAGGAAACGGCAAAUUGAUAUAAAAGCUUGAUUCCACAAUUUUUAUCACCACCGUGUUUUAUUAUGGAUAUGUGAUUACGGUCUUUGGGACCAAGAGAACUCAAGUUCUUACGACAAAAAAUUCUUUGAUACCUUAAAAAUCAGUGACAUCCAAGCUUUCAAGGCUCUUAUGAACAAGCUAGUCAAUGCAUUAAAAGAAACAGAUUAGUGUUGCUUAUAAUUAAUACCGCACCUUGUGUACAAAAAUUUGGAGCGUAUUACUUAAACUAAAUAGUACAUACACCAUUUGCACAUCUCCCAUAAUACACCUUAAUUGCCCCUAUUCUCCCCCCCCCCGCCAAAAAAAGGGAAUUUCUCUUAUAUGAUUAAUACAGCUGUCCCAAAAGGAAUUGAAAACAAUCAAUUAAUUUUUUGGCAAAAUAUUGGCGGGUAAACAAGGUGUAUUAUGGGAGACCCAAUGAAGUGCCGAGUUGGUUCAUAUCCUUCUUUACGUGUUCCAGACCUUGCAAAAGUCAAACAAAGAGCUUGGAUGUUCAAUCACAUUCACUACACCAGACGAGCAGAUAAACAGGAUAAACACUGGCAGGGAAACCAAUACAGUCUUGAAAACGGAAGAUCAGGAAGAAAAAGAAUACUACAACGAGGAGAUUUUGACCCCUGGAAAUCUAAUGGCGUUUGCUUGGCAUGUUUGUCAAGGCAUGGUAAGCAAGCCACCAAUCUUAAGCUACUUUUCUGAGAAAAACGUUCGUCCACUAGAGAAGAAAACUGAACCAUCAAACUUCUUCUAGUUAGCUCAAAUGGCUUGGUUCCGGACCGCGGAGCUCUAGGCUGAAGUAUGUUUCCCGGCGGAAAGUGCUAGUUGAUUGUUCUGACAUCUGCAAAUGAUUGAAAACUUUUUUUGAUUUGUGGUCUCUGAUAAGCUCCUUAGUGUAGAAUGACGAUAAACCUAGGGUUCUUUUACGCGGUUGUUCCACUCAGUUUUACUUUGCAGCACGUUUAAAUUUCUGACAUAAAAUGUUUUUUCCACUGUGUAAGGAAUACCUGGCGAGAAAGGGAUACGUUCAUCGCGAUUUGGCGGCUAGAAAUGUACUUAUUGGAGAAAAGAAAAUUGCAAAAGUGUCAGACUUUGGACUGAGUCGACACGUGUAUGAAAAGAAAGUUUACCAUGGCAAACGAAACAGGAAACUUCCUUUCAAAUGGAUGUCAACAGAAGCCAUCUUUGACCAGACAUUCACUACGAAGAGCGAUGUGUAAGAUUACUGAUAAUUAGCGCACAUUAACUAAAUAUAACGCUUUUCGAAAAUAAAGAAAAAACUACAGAUACUCUUUCAAUGCAAAGUUUAUAUGAAUCAAAUAUUUAAAUAGAGCGAGCCUAUACCCUGCUAACAGAAGUUUUUUCCGCACGGGUUUUAGCUUUUACGAAGUAUUUCACGUAUACGUAGCUGGCUUGUUUACGACUCUGCCUAUGUUAAAGGUCAUGCUGGACAAAAAAACACAGUAGUAUAGUACAGAUAUUUACUUCUUUUGGUGAGGAUUUCAUUACUUUGCGAUCAAAUGCAUUAACGCCGAUCAUAUCACAGUCUUUAUAGUCUUGAACUCAUCUAUAAAAUGCGGUGGAAUCUCAUUUAGAUAUGUUAUGCCACGCUAUAGCGUUUUUUAGACCCUGCUAGCAGGUCUUCUAGUUAAUACAUAAUAAGGAUUGACUAAAAGCUAAGUCGAAAUCGUCCAUAGGUAGAAGUGUAAACAGAAUAAUCCCUUACUCGUGACGUCAUAACCCAAGAUUUAUUUCCAGCUGCUCUCGUUAUCCAGUGCAGACAACUUAUUGUCCUGCUUCAGUUAUACGGUUUUCUGGCUGAAUUUAAAAAAAAAACGUAUUUAGAGCAGUACUGGUGCAUUAUGAUAGUCCUGUGAUGGACUUAAUCAUAAACGAUUUUGCCAAAAAAAAAAAGGCAUGCAUCGUCCAUAACAAUUAUUAUAAGCAAUAUUUAAGGCAUCAGCCAGUUCCUUUAACCAAAACAUGCCUGCGGUAACAAACAUGAUGAAACAACGCAUGUAGCAAAAAUCAAGAAUUUAAAAGACUUCACUUGACCUGAAGACCUGACGUCAAGUCUUUAAAAUCUUAAUUUUCUUAACAUGCUUUGUUUCAUCAUGUUUGUUCUUGUUACCGCAGUUUGUGUUUUAUUUUUAAUUACUGAAGUUUAAAUAGCCAAAAAAUAAGAGUGUUAACAAUAUAAAACAUACCUGUUUUUAAUGACAAAUCUGACAUUUUUUUCUCGUAUUUUUCACAGAUGGGCCUUUGGAGUUGUACUUUGGGAAAUAGUUACUCUAGGUACGCUAAGAGCUAAAUCUAUCUGUAUAGAAUUUUGAGUAACAGUGACUUUAAAAAAAAUAUAUGAAAUAUGAUAUUGACGGCGUGGUAGCCAUUUACGCCUUUUUUAUCAUGCUAAAUAAACGCAGACAACGUAGUGUUGGUCACUUAGCACAUGAUCAUUUUUCGAAUAGGUGCAAAAAUCAUUUAAACCAUUUUUGGAGGAAUUGUGUGACACUGCUCAUAACUGCUCCAUUGUUGUGAUAUUGCCAAAAAAAAGGUACGCAAGAAGCAUUUGUGCCAGUUCAAAGAGAUCUGGGAAAAAAUUGACUUUUUCAAAGUCUUUCUAAAGAAAUGGCUGUUCGGUGUUUAUCGCCAAAGGUUCAGUUUUCGCUGAAAAAAAGAGUGGCAAGCCCGUUUUUCUAUUAAUUGGAUUUUAUGAGCCCUUGGUAUGAUCCACUUGUCUUACAAAGUCAUUAGUGGCCUUACGAGAAGACGUUUUUGAACGAUGCAGGUCAACCGGAGUGGUCCUACUUGGGCAGUACCCUCGCUCAAAUCUGGGGAAAACCGUCUCUAUACGUGUCAAGACACGUAGCAACACAAAUCUGGUAGCGUGAAGGGUACGUAUAGGGAAAAGGUCUAAAUUCCUGAUGACGUCACUGGAACGCUUGCUUUGUGAUAAGUUUUGUGGUCAAAGACGCUGGUGCUGUUAUGCUACUUUUUCGUUGGGAAAACAAAACGGGCGUUACAGCUGUAUAUGUCAUAAUGUAAAUACUCAAAACGUAAAAAUUGCAUGGAGAGGCAGGCCCCACUUCUUAGUUUCAUGCCGGUGUGAAACCUUUGAAAACCUCUUACAUAUUGAUAUUGCUCCAGUGUGGAGUACAGUUCAUCACAGGAAAAAUGUGUUCGUUUGCAGAACCUUAUACAACAGACAGUUAAUUCAGCUAACGCGUAUUCCUGUUGAAUUGGUUGUCCGUUUUAUAAGAUAUCAAAAUCGCGUGAAAGUAAGUACAUUUUCGUACUAUAAUAGUCGAGUUUCUGUGAAACCAUAAUAAGAGAGGAAGGGAUAUAAUUUCAAGGAAUGACAAUGUACCUCGUUGUACCUCAACUCAAAAAUCGACAAAUCGAAAUUGAACAUGGCUGUUUUUAGCCCUUUGGCAGACGACCGCGCGACUUCUCGAAUACCUACCCGCGAAGCAAACAUGAGUAAACGUACGUAGAGUGAAAAUAUCCAAAAAAUAGGCUUAAAGGAUUAUCUCUUUAUAUAACUAGUACAAUCAGUAAUUCAUAUUUUCAAAGGUGCCUAAAAAUUCAUCUCUCGCAGAAGUGAUGCGUGUAUAUGUGAGUAACAUAAAAUAGGUCAACUUGGUGUGACGCUCGUGUUUUGAGCCAUUAACAGUAAUGAACAAACACAAAACAAUAGACAAAGAAAUUAUUUCUUGAAAAAUUUUCUUGAAAAAAAUUGAAAAAGCUAUUGAAAAGCUUUCCUUUGCCCACAAAAAGAAAACUGGACUUUCUUUUGAACUUUCCCAACAACCUGUACAAUGAAUAGGAAUCUCACGCCGUCGAAUUUAUCCAAAAUUCGCCUGUUAGCCGGUAACACGAUAUUCGCGGUGGGUCAUCCAUCCAAAGCCCGUCCACCAGGGCUCAACUUGAGUGCCCCUACAAAACCAAGUUUCGCGAGGGUCAUUGCAAGAUACGUAUUUCUAGUUUAGUUUUUAAUACGCGUGCAUAAUUACUUAGCAGCACAUUGUAACUCUCUGACCUACGCCAUAUAAGCCUCUGGCUUUGGCAUUGUGCUUUGUGUACUUAUUUAUCAAUAAAGGUUAUUAUUAUUAUUAUUAUUAUUAUUGUUAAGGUCCUCGAUUUGGGGAAAUUACAUCAUUGCAAAAACAGCGAGAACCGGCUUCAUCAACUUUCAUGCGUCAUUUCAGUCAUCGUUGAAAAUAAACCGCAUGCUCAUUUGAAAACAAUGAAUUCAAAGUCGUCACGAUUCUUAUCCCCAGUUUCCAAGGUCUCCGCUAGGAACGUCUGGGAGCAUCAAGUCCUCGUUGGUGCCCACACACAAAGAAAAAUAAAAAAGAAAGGCCUGCAUUUUUAGUCUUGCCUUGCUAAAGUAAAAUCGACUAAUAAAAUGUCUAUAAUUUGUAAAUUUAUAGACUUAUAAAAUUUCUAUAAUUUGUAAAUUUAUAGACUAAUAAAAUGUCUAUAAUCUGUAAAUUUAUAGACUUUUUAUAAAGGUGCAAUCUUCCCCUCUUCGCGUGCGUCGCUCAAAAACGCGACCUUUGCUUAAACUCCCUAAUAUCUGGGAAAAUACUUCCCGAGCAUUACGGGCCACAAGCCGUUCUGAUUAAUAAAUCAUUGUAUCAGGUGGGACGCCAUACCCUACCAUGGAAAGCAAAGAAUUGUUUCGACAGCUGAAGAAUGGGUACAGAAUGGAAAAACCGGAAACUUGCAACGAGGAGCUGUAAGUAGUGGCAUUGAUGAUGAAGAUAUCGAACUUAAAUAACCAUUCAGUUACCAACAGCUACUAGCUGAUUCUCCCUUUAAUGGGAAAAUUUCUCUUAUUCUUUUUUUUUUUUCAGCUACAAAAUGAUGCAGGACUGUUGGCAGAAUAACCCUGAAAAUCGUCCCACCUUCACUCAGAUUCGGGAGAGCCUGGAGACCAUAAUGCAGAAGGAAAAUCCAUAUCUGGACCUGACUGCUGUGGACGAAUCGCACGCCGAAUACAACGUGCAGUCUUGUGACAGUAUGGUGGAGGAGUCCGACGAUGAUCAAAGAGACGACAAUGUUAAAGCAGUGUGCCACGAAGGUAUGCAACAUCGAUUAAAUUUCCAUUCGCUGGAACCGAUUUAAUACACAUUGAUUUUAAUCUAACUGUAUAUUCCUUCUUUUCAGAGGCAGGUGGAGACCUAAAGGAGAACAUUACGAAAAAUGAUCCACAGUCCAGUAAUCCGUCAGUGGAUAUCAACGCCAAAACUGAAAUCGAGCUGACAACAGAGAGUAAUAAUUGUGCAAAGAACCAUCAAGGUCUUAAAAGCUACGUGCUUAAUUUGAAUACACUGGAAACGCGUUUCUGA